AUGAGAGGCUGGAGAAUCAUUGUUCGCCGGCGUGGCGUUCGAUAUUUGAAAUACGGUCGCUCAUGGCUCCGCAUAAGACGAUACGGCAGAAGAUACCGGGUCAUUUACCGCGGUAAAAGAUAUCUCAUUUUCCGUGGAAAAUCCAGAUACCAAGUGCGAUUCCGUCGAAAGUGGAGGUAUAUUAAACGUCGUGGUAGGAGUCGUUACAUUCGGAUCAGGAGAAAAUGGGUUCGGGUAAAUCGACGAAGACGUUAUUUUAUGCGAUUUAAAGGACGAAGACUUGCAGUGAGGAGAAGAAGAGGAAAAUUCCAACUUAGAUGGAAGAGACGAUGGCUAGGAGGGAGGCGCGCGCGCUACGGAAGGCGUCGCGUGCGAGGUAGUAACGAACAAUUUGUUUAUAGAACAAGCCGUAACACUUAGUUCUAGAAAGAGAAAUUUUUUGAUACGUAAUGAUAAUCUGCAUUCAAUACAUUCAAAAUUAUUUGCAUAGUGGUGGAUAGUCUGAGGGAACUUUCGUUACAAAAUGGUAGAACUUGUUUGGUUUAAAGAGUGAUAAAAUUCAGUACCAUGAAACUUGUUGCAAGAAACAGAGUGAUCUGCGUUGUCUUGGCUGUUUGUUUUAAGUUUAAGGUUGUAGCGGCGACGACUCGAGUGCUAGAAUGAUUAAGAUAUCUUCUCCUUUUUGUAUUUGACGUUGAAAAUAUACCUUAUAUGGAUGCAUCGAAAAAUAGAACGAGGAAAAGAAAGACAGUCUCAACUGUCGUGACUGCCGGUGUGGCAACAGUGGGUGGAUACACCUUGAUGCUUGUACCAACGUUUGGAAGCCUGCUUAAUUCGGCAAACUAAUUUAAAAUCCUGAUCGUUUUUUCGUUUUGCCUUAUUUUUAUCUAAUUUUCCUUCGACGAGUGUUAGGUGAAAAGUCGUCGCAUUACAAACGUAGACAACAAGAUUCAAGACGCACCCAUGCUCAUUGACGGCUGUUUCCAAGUAAUUGGCAAUUAAUUGGCUAACUGGCAAUAAACUACAGAGUAUGGACAGGCAUGACGUCUCCUGUAACGCCCAGGUCAAACGCCUUACUUCAUUAGCUAAAGCUAUUGUUCUUGCUCAUUAGUAUCAUAUUAGGCUCAUGUGAAUCACGGCGUUUCACCCUACUGUUCUUCCACUGACAAAAUUCACAGUCCGCUCGAGAUAACAUCGUUAUAUGUUACCAAAAAGGUUUUUCACCUGCUCUGGCGAAGACACGUAGUAUAGAAAGUUCCAUAACUCAGAGCAAAAAUUAAGAAAAUGAAACGAAAAUUAAUGCUAUUUUCUCCUGAAAUUCUGCAAGGCCGGCGAGGUAGGAGACGAAGAAGAAGACGAAGGAGGAGACGAAGGCGAAGGCGAAGAAGAAGACGAAGGCGACGUAGGAGAAGAGGCAGAGGAAGACCGCGAAGGCGUAAGUUUUCUCACCAACACCGCAAUAACGAAACUAUUCCUAGGCUUGUCCAGUCGUCCAGGGAUACUUUUCAGUUAACCUUUACAUCAUAAGUAAUUAUUUGUUAGCUUUCUGUUAUUCCAGUAAUACUGCUGAUCUGAGUCACCAAAAGGUAAUUAACGAAGGUCCCGCAUGUUGUUCAGCCAAAAAGGUGUCUUCGCGGCACCAUUUUGACGCAGGAAGGACCCUCGUGGUACCUGGAUAUAUAAAGAUGCCACCUUAAUGUUUGCAAAGUUUUGGAAUUAUGACAAACUGUUAUUCCCAAUAUUUAAACAGCAUUUACUUUUUUGACUCGAGCAAGAAUGCCGGAAAUGGCAUCUAAAUUAGCUACAUUUCCCUUAGAACUAAGUAAAAAAUCUUGUUUAAGACGCUAAGCAUGUAAAAGCCAGCAACUGUAAUUUUAAGAAAGUUUGCUGCUGGACUUAAGUAAUGAAUACAUCGCAGUUUUAGUCCUUACUUUGCAUUUUUGAAAGGCAAGAGAAAAUACUAUAAAUUUGGAACAUUUGAUGUGAAGAAUGUUAAAAAUUUUAAGUUCUUUAUGUAAACGAAAAGAAAAGAGGAAGAACUGCGAAUUACUGUAGUUAAAAAGUGUCUUUUGACUUAUACAGGUAGACGACGUAUCAGGUAUCGAGGUAAAAAACGAAUCCUGAAAAUAAGAAGAAGGUACUUCUUUGGACUUCGCAGAAAGAGACCUAUCCGUAAAUUUAGGAGAAGACUUAGGAUUAGGAUCGGUAAGCGCUACAAGAGGAUCAAACGCUGGGGAAGACGCUGGCGCGUCCGAAUCAGAAGAAGAUGGUGCAGGCUAAGACGGCGUGGACGCUAUUGGUCUUACCGAAGGCGACGAACGUGGAAGCGUAUCAAACGUGUCAGGCUGGUUUUAAGACUCCGAAAACGACUCCUACGGGUCAGGAGACGAAAAAAGAUGUGGUACUUGAGGAAAGGAAAACGUUGGAGGCGCGUGAGACGCCGAAUUCGCUGCAGCAUACGUAUCCGUGGAAAACGCAUUAAAGUCAAGCUGAUAGGUAGAAGAGGUGCGAAGGUCUUCCGAAAAGGUCGCUAUGGUAAAGCAAUAAGGAUCCUCUGGAGACGUGAGUUGAUAAUGAUGAUUUAACUGAGGUUUGUGAGUAGCUAACCACCUAUCCCCUCCCUAAAGUCAACACUUAACACUAACUUCUCAGUUAGGACAAAAUUGUGACUUAAGGGAGGGGUUGGUGGUUAGUUACCCAGAAACCCCAAUAGGGCAGUUGCACUAAGAGGUCACGUGACCAAUGCUUCCUUUAAACGAUGAGUUGGAAUCUUGCUGAUGCCAACAAUUGACAGAGCACAUAAAAAUUAUCUUACUCCCGAAACUUGAGAGGAAACGCAUUUAAGGGAGAUAUUUUAAGGCACUUUGAUUUUUUAACAAAGUAGUAUGAUUUGUAUUGGCCGCCAUGUUGGAAGGGAUACUCUUGCCCUCCAACAUGGCGGCCAAAACUACUUUUUGCUUAUAUCUUGUUAAAAGUUUGAUAGUUACUCUCAGAUGUGCUGUAAACGUUACCACAUCAUCUUUUCAACAUUUCCCUUGAACUUCCAGUGUAAAAUUUGUGUUCAGAAAGAAGUUAUCCAUAAUUUUAAAAUCACAUUUUGGUCACGUGACCAGCUACGAACUUACUCAUUUUAAGGAAAUGGUGCGGGUUUGAAAAACCAAAUCACUAUUAUUUAAGAUAUGACCCCCUAAUCAUUUUUUGAAGGCAAAAUCAUAUAACUUUCAUUUUCAUAAAAACGAUGUCACAUGACCUCUUAGUGCAAAUGGCCUAUUGAUCCGAUGAUUGUUGGCUUGUUUUGUGAUGUUAUAGAGGCUCAGUCAAUUCCGAUCUUACCCAUCGUCCCUACUCGGACAUUUUUCGGGCCUUUUGUCGGACCAAUAAGAUCCUUCCAAACUUAAAAAAGAACAAAUGCCCCGUCCCUGAAACGAGGCAAAAUUAAUACUCUCUUGAAAAAGCCAAAGCUAAAAUCUGUGCCCAAAUUAACUGAAGGAAACAGUUCAACAUCAACAGAUCAUUGAAUUUAAAUUUUCAAAAAGAAAAAAAAACCUGAGAGAUUUUCCCGUUAAUUUGCGGGGAAUUAAUGCUAAGAAAGGACAACGAAAUGUUAUAUCUUUUCCUCCAAAAAUAACAACAUUUUCCCCUGGAAAUCGAAGGAGCUUGAAGCAAUUUCCUUGAAGAAGUGGGGUCCACUUUUAAGAGCUUUAAUUUCGCAAAAUAUUUUAAUCAAUAUGCAAAUAAAAUUGAAUAUUUUCAUAUUAUUGCUGCGCCUGUAAAAACUCUUGAGUCACCCUAAAGAAAUUUGUGGAAGUGCAGUUGUACUUUGUUACUAGUUUGCAAAACAAAUUAUUGAUACGCAUUAAUUGUUACAAUAAUUUUUGUUCGCCCUUUGAGGCAAUGUUUGUUUCUUAGCCUUCAAGAGGAAGAAAGCGGUUUAUUUCACUGAAUGAAAUUGUUAGAAAACGUUUAGUCAUAAAAAAAGUAACAAAUGCUUGUUAUUUUAUGGUAGGACGAUAUGGCCGAAGAGGACGUAGAGCAAGGCGUAAGUAUUAUCUUCUUGCAAUAUUUAGAACGGGCUUAAUAUCCGACCACUCUCUACUAAAGGAAGUCCAACGCCGCUGACAUUUGAUCUCCAUGGAAGCACGACUGAUUCACUCCUUCCUUUUCCGUCUCAUUCCCAUUUUUUGCCAUCAUCCAUUCCACAUCCAUUUUUUAAAUUUUUGUUCUUAUUCUCAGGCCGUAGAAGAAGAAGACGUCGAAGGCGACGACGAAGGCGUAAGUUAUUCCUUUACUUCGUUACUUUCAUUUCUUAGGGCCUCUUCACAUGAGCCCGGUAGACCGUGCUGGCCCGGUUUCCGAGAUCUCACCUUGCCUCUAAAUCCUUUGUAAAAUGUUUGAUGUGUUCAUAUGAGAAGGCGGACUGGCACGGUUCCCGAGAUCUCGGUUUUUCAAUCCGGGAUCUCGUUAAGCGGGCUAGAAAAUUUUGCCGUAUGAACACUUCACUCCGGUUACCGGGAUGAAAGCGGCAAGAAUUCGACGGCCCAGAUGGCAUCGUGUUGCUUUGCCCACUGUAUUUUCCACAUCAUAAGCAUCCCAUUUAACCGCAGUGAUACAGCUGUAAGAGUUGCCAAAGCUACCAUAGGCGCAAAAGUUAUAACUUUGUGUUUCGCCCAAGCGAAAAUUGGUCCCGGUAACGGGGCAAUCCCGGUCAACAGGGCUCAUGUGAAGAGGCCCUUGUAAUUAGCUACCGUAUUAUUUUAUUGGAACCUUUUCUCAGCAAGUGGAAGCGAUAUGUAGGGGUCAAAGCACAAAAAGUCAUCUGCAAGUUUAUUGGUAAAUACAAUUCACAUUAACAUGUAGUGAUUUUGAACAAUUUAUAUAUUACUUGGAAGGAAGUUAAUAAACCUGUAAAAUUAAAAAAGGUAGAAAUCUCAUCACUGAUGCUAUGAUCGGGUCACCUUGCCAGCAGAUCCUUUCAUUUGUUUGCUUGAUUUUGGCGUACUCGAGAAAGACUCUGCAUGAAUUGAGUAAGGCCUUUUUUGAGCAUGCACGGCAUGUUGCUAGGAUAUAGUCUCGAACCCAGGCCUUAUAGCCGUGCGCUUGGUACAGCAGGCUCUGUUAUGACCAUCGGUUUAUCAAUAAACUGAUGCUCGCGCUCCUAAACACCAGUACGACGAGAGUAAACAAGAUUGACUAGUCAAUCAGCAACCUCCCUUUCUGUUGUCUCAUGCUCAUAAUCUCAUGAUCGUGAUCUCUUGCUAAUUUUAUCAAGGCUCUUGAAAACUUGCCACCUUUAAUACAAUCAAUAUUCUCUCCCUGGUGAAAAGGUCAAGAAAUUGUCAAUGGAGCUUUAGUUUUUUUUAAAAAGAGGCUUCGUCACGCGAUUUUCUAUCCUUGGCUGAAGCUUUGUUCGCAUCCAUUAAAUUCCAAAAAUCAUACCCCCAGUUUUGUUACUUUAGACUAUAUUUCGGCAUUUUAACUGUUCCUGUCGUCUGUUGCAAUGAAUGGCAAGAGUGCACAUGGAGUUUUUUUUGAUGCUAUGCUUGCACCAAAAAUCACCAAAACAUAAUUAUGGCCAGUACUCGCUAAUGAGAUUUGUUUGAUAUCGUCUCAUAACUCUACAGGAGGAGCAGUUUGUGUAUGGGGAAAAGUAAUAAGCCUUUCACUGCCAGAAUGAAUGAUAGUUGACUUUGACCGCUCUUGACAGUGAAAGGGUAUAAAAUAGUGACUUAGAAUUGACCUAAUACAACAGUAUCCUCGUGACAUAACCCCUUUAACGACGAUAAGCCAAGUAAAUGAAAAUACCUUAGAUUUUUUCGAAUUUCCUUUUAGGUAACCGAAGACCAAAGAUUCUCUACAGGAGGCGUAUCCGGCCAAUACGACGCGGGCGCCGUGGCAUUAAAUUCAGAAUAGGGCGUCGCACCUUCCGCUAUGGUAGAAUAACAUCCAGGGUGAAACUCUUCUUCCGAAGAGGAUGGUACCGUCCCAAGCGCUUCGGACGCCGUUGGAGAAUACGCGUUGGUAGACGAACUUGUCGUGUCAUAAGGCGCGGAAAGUCAUGGCGAGUGAGGUAUGGAAAACGAUGGAUUAUUACCAGGAAGUUCCAGUUCCGUGUCGGACGUACAUACAGGACUGUCACCCGACGCGGACGUUUCUAUUCUAUGCGGUUCAAGCGUCGGACUGUGAAGUUUAGGUUCUACCGCCGUCGAUUCUUUAAAUUCAAAGGAAGGCGCAUCUUUAUAAGACGAUCAAAGCGAAUUGGACGAAGGAGGUACUACAAGUUCAAAGUGAAGGGUGUUUUGAUCAGUCGAAGAAGACGCUUCCGAAGACGAAGGCGAAUUAGAUGUAAGUGCACUCUCUUACGGUGGCGGAUUCAGAUUAUUUGGGAGCAACAACGACGGCGAAAGCAGCGAAAACGUCAUUAUUAUAAAGACUUCGCUUCUUUUCCAAACCUGUCGCGAUUAUUCCGCCUCGUGUAAAGUCUCAAAUGUAGGUGACGUUCCCAGGUCAAGAGGGAGAAAAAAAUUUGUCGUCUUGUGUUUAUGUCCUCAAUAAAACGUCGCUUGAGGUUAAUUUCACGUCGUGGUCGUACAGUGUCGGCAACGAAAUGUACAAGAAAGGUUGCUGCAGGUGCACAGUUAAACCUGUCGCUUUUGUGACGUUCUCAUUACUGUUGCCGUCGUGGUUGUUAAAUCUCUCUCUUUUUAAGUGAGUGGGGCGGGGGGGGAGGGGCAGUCAUCCAGACCCUAAGAUAAGAUGAUGCGCCCGGCCUAGAAAAUAAUUUUUCUUGGCUAUGGGGUUUCAAUUUGGAUUGAAGAUAAUGUGGGUGCUCGACUGGGGUCCCCCAGGCCCGUCCACUGGAUUUGCCAUCCUGAGCUUAAUAGGCCUCUGCGAAAAAAUACCAUAAUAUUCUCAAAUUACCGUUUUGGUCGAGCUUCAAGUAGCCUGAGAAAACAGCCGACAUUUGGCGACGCUUCCACUGGCUUUCCCGCCAAAUGACGUCUGAGAAACGAGCGCAGAAAUUCCAUACUCUUCUGAUUGGUCGUACCGCGUAGGAAAAUUGUUUCAACCAAUCAGAAGCACCACCCAGCUAUGGGUAGUGCGCGUCAUCAGUAUGGAAUUUCUGCGCUCUUUUCUCAGACGUCAUUUGGCGGGAAAACCAGUGGUAGCGUCGCCAAAUGUCGGCUGUUUUCUCGGGCUAAGCUUCAAGUAAAUCUUACUUUCACUUUACCAUUUGUUCUUUGCACGAACUGCACGUGCAAUGGCCGAUUUGUAAGAUUUUUUUCGAUAUCAAGUCUACGUUUAAAGAAGUCUCUGGUAUGUCGGAAGCAAAUACCUCGAACUUCCAUUCGGGUCAGAACAUUUGCUCGCUUCUAUUUGAGGGAUCAUGGUUAUUGAUAUUUACGUUGUGGAGUCAGAAACAGGCCCAGAUGUGGCAAUUUCUUUUUCACCUAUUAUAAUUAUUAUCUGUAUAACACAUGUUGGUUUUAAAUUAUAUCAUCUGCGAUUUUGAUAACUAAGUCGAGUUUAUUAUUAUUGUUUGCAGUCCGUAGAAGAACCUACGCCAGGAGACGAAGUAAGUCCUUUUUCAGUUUGCAAGAUAUAUAUGAGAAACUUUAUUUUCCAUCGAAACAAAGGCUAUUGGUCUCGAAGAGUCCCGCAGUGUCUAAUUAUCGCUUCACUCCCCCACUAACUUUGAAUAAUUAAGAUGAAAUCCUAUGGUGUUACCAUUAAAAUGAAACCACUUUGGCAGAACCUUUUCGUACUGCUAUUAUUUCUUUUUUUAGGAUUUUACAAAACAGAACUUUGAGUUUUUUGGUGAAUUUUUCUGUUGGCCACCAUUAGGAAUGAAGUGGUUAAGGAGCUCAACUAGACGGAAACAAUUACUCCUCUUUGCCAGAUGAACUGUAAUGAGAGGCACCGAUCAUAUAUAGCUGCUAUAGCUUCUGACAAUAACCCGCAUAAUAUCCCCCUCCCCCCUCCCCCCCAUCAACAACGCACCCUAGGUUCUACAAGCAAUAUUGCGGGUCUGACGAGGUGUUAACCUGCAAUGAGAGGAGGCGUAAGACGACUUGAAUGUAUGCAAGGACAGCUAAGAAACACCUUAAAAAAGAUGUCCUUUUCUAAAACAAGCGGGACUUGUAUUGCACAAAUGUACGCUUUUUUCGUUGAAUUUUCGGUCAAUUUUAUGAUGGAGAAGAAAAUGAUGUUUACUGUUGUGGGUGCUGAUCGAGUAGUUUUGUCAUAUUAUUUAGUGUAAUUUCAGAGGAUAGCCCUUUAGACAAUUUGACCUCUUUUGAAUAUUACCAUUUAUCAGGACGAAGACGACCAAGAUUGCUGUUCAAGCGUAAACUUCUCAAACUAAGACGAGGAAGGCCUGUAUUCCGUGUGAAAAUUGGCGGACGAACGCGAAUUUAUCGAAAAAUCGGGCGACGAAUGAGGAUUAAGUGCCUUGGCCGUUGGCGUCGCUUAAAAUUCCGCCGAAAUAGGUGGAAGGUGAAGAUAGGCACGUGGCGAGGUAUCUUAAGGAAAGGUCGUCGGUGGUAUGUGCGUCACAAAAGGCGUUUAAUUCGCCUUCCUCGAAAACCCAGCACGCUACAAAUUCGUCUCCACAGACGUUACAGACCAGUAAUGGUCCGUGGAAGGCGAUAUUUCGUAAAAUUCGGUCGGCGAUAUCGAGUUCUUAGGCGCAAGUUUACAUGGUUCGCAAAAUACAAGGGACGAAAACUUACGGUAAAGAGAAAAGGAAGACUUGGCUUUGUUCGUUUUCGCGGAAAAUUGUAUCGGGGAAGAAGACUUCGAUUCAUAAGGCGUCGAAGAGGUACGAGGUGGUAAUUUUUUCUCUGUGUAUCACUCUGUGACGAACCUAAAAUACCGUAAAUCCUCUAUUAAGCCCCCCCCCUUCCCCGCUCGCUCUAAUAAGUUCCCCAUCUAUUUUAAGAUCCUCCCCCUUUAUUCUUAUGAUAUACUGUAUUAAUCAGUUACGACUUAAACGCUUUACGUGGACUGAUCCGGUAUGAUUUAUCCAAGUGCUGGGAGUUCAGAUUUGUUUUUGAUCUUCGGCUGCAUUACCUCCACCUGUAUGUGCCUGAGCUUUUCCCGUUUGCGUUCUAGUUUUUAUGAAGAAUUGAUACCAUCAUCUUUGCUAAAUUAAAUACCAACUCUCCCGCAAAAGCUACCUCGUCAAACUUGCUUGAAAUGAAUUAGCCCCCAGAGGCCUAAAAGAAGAUUUACGGUAGGCCGCUUAGCAGUUUUUAAUGAUGUAAAGGCGUGAACGAUUGUAUCUUGGUAUGAGUUUUACUUGAGAAAGAUUAUCAAGUCUUCACAUCAAUUUGACAAAGAAAAUAGAGAGAUUUAGAAUUACGUUUAUGACAAAUAGCAAACCUCAGAUUCAAGUUGACCAUUUUUGAAAUUAUGAUAAUAAGCAAAUAAAAACCAGGAAAAUUAGUUGUUGUAGAUGAACUGAUAUGAAAGUUACUCAGUUUUGUGGAAAUAUAAACAACAGGAAAAGGGAAAAAUUCGUCACGUGGUACAAAUUGACCUUUGCAGUUUGCCGCGAUUGUGAUUCUUAGUCUCAAUUAUGCACUGUUACCACUGAGGUACUGUGAGUGUGCCAUUUAUUUUUUUUUUACCAAGUUCCAUGCUUAGCCUUUUAUGAAUACAAUGUAAUGUUAAACCCUGUGCCAUUUUCUUUAAAUAGAUUUUAAGCUAACUUUGGUCGCCAUCUUUUAAAAGCGUUAAACCUAACAUAAAACCUGAAUUAUCGCACUCAAACAACAGUCACUGGCAACAUCUAUUUAGCAAAUAAACUUUGUUGGACUAUUCAUAGGUGGUGUUUCUUUUCCAGGACGCCGUCGAAGACGAAGGAGAAGGCGAAUUGUUAGAAGGCAACGUCAAAGAAGGCGUAGACGGCGAAAGAGGAGGCGAAGACGGCGUAGACGACGCAGGCGAAGGCUAAGGCGAAAACGAAGGGCCUUGAGACGUUCUGUGAUACGUGUCUUUGCCCGUGGGGCGUGGAGACCUGCCCUUAGAAGGAAAGGAACAAUGAGAGUCCUUUGCGGGCGUAGAUGGAAAGUAUUGAGGUAAGUAACGAUUGUCGGUAGUGCCUACGCGCUGAACAAAAAUGGUACAGCUGCCUGGCGCUUGAAACCCCCUCAAAUCAAUACACAGAGUCAUAGACAGACCAUGUUCCCAAUUAAACAUGUGAAUAUAUUGACCUCAGAUAGAGAGCAAUUGGCUCCCAGCGUUGAUGCAGAUCUCAAAUCUGGACUUUUUAUCUCCUGUUAUGACGGUGUGCUAUUGACAUAACUUGUCCUUCAAGCGCCAAACUGUUUUCUCCUGACGUGACUUGGCUGUUAGUGUUUCUUAAGGAAAAAACCACCUCCCAAAAUUCGGCUUCAGCUAUGUUUAUCGCUUAAAAUUUAAAAAUUUCUCCAUUGCAGAUAUCGAAAUGGCAGAGCUAGGGUUGGUAGAAGAGGGCGGUGGUUUAGCAUCAAAAGGAAAAUCAAGGUCUUCUAUGCGAAAAGAUGGAGACGCCUGCGAUUCAUCCGUCGGGUAACCAAAAUACGAUACUUGAAAAAAUACAGAACAGUCAAACUGGGAAGAGUCAGUGUUAUGCUCAGAUACAAACGGAAAUGGAUGACGAUUCGCCGACGAAGGAAACGCAGGGGGUAUAGAAGAACCAAACGCCGGCGCAGACGCAGGAGGCGAAGACGAAGAAAACGAAGGCGUCGACGAAGGAAACGAAGACGAAGGAGGAGGAGAAGACGACAACGGCGACGACGACGAAGACGACGAAGGACGCGACGUCGCUGCGGAAUACGUUUCCGGUACAGACGAAGAUGGAGAAGAGUAAUCAGAAGAAGAGGAAAGCUCUUUUUCCGUCGGGGGAAACGUUUGACGAGAAUAACGUAAGAAUUUUCACCAAAAAUUAUUCCUUUAGCCAAGCUUUCAUUGACCCUAAGGGGACAUAUUUCAGUAAAUUCGAUAUCAGAAUAUUAUUGAGAUUUUAUCUGAACAAUUUUUCUAUUUCCUAAAAAGAAACUGCUCAAGGUUUUGUGAUAUUCAGUUUUUGAACCCCGCAAAAAUACUUCGCCGUCUUAAUUUUAUUCUAUUUUGUUUCAUUACACUAUUUUUUCUGUUGGAUCGAUGGCUUAGAUCUUGUAAAUGUCAAAAGUUCACUUCGGUAUACGUUCUGUUCUUUUCGUUUUGGCAGGAUCGUGGUAAGCAAAGUAUAAAAGAGAUCUCGCAUCCUAUAAUAACAAACAUUUUUCCUUGGUCAUUUUGAAAUAUACUGUCAGCUGGAAAUAUAUGAGAUAGGUCUAGAACUGAGAAUUUCCUAGGGGUCUGAGACAGUCUGAAUGUCCGAGAAUUCUCUAAGUUCCAAUUGCUAACCGAAACUCGAGCGGCUUCCGAGUAUUGCUAGCUUUCAGACCUCGGACCAGCUGACGGCGUAUUUCAAAAUUGCUGCAAAAUACAAAACAUGAGGCAAGUUAUCUGUAUUCAAUUAUUAUUAUUAUUAUUAUUAUUAUCAUUUACUGGAUGUGAGUCUCCUGUACUUUCCUUAAGAGGAUUCGGAUAUGAGCGCCCCACGUGAUCGAAGUCUAAACGUUCUCUGCGACGAUUUCGCUUGUCUAGUCCCGAUUAGCUCCCCUGGGUAGUGGGGGAUCAAAAGGUUCUAAGCGUUAGUCUUUUAAUUAAUGUAUUACUUCUCACGAAGAAGUUCCUUGAAAUAAGACAAGUCUUACGACCGACAGAGAAUAACCAACUAUCCCACGAUAUUGCUUAGAUAAUUUCAGUUUGUCUCACCCACAAUAUAUUUCAUUUCUUGGCUUUGCGGAGUAAAGCUUAGUGCACUAUGUUUGUAUCUUUUUGGUGUUCAUAGAUACCGUAGACGCUUGUUGUAUAUCAAACGUCGUCGUGGCUGGCGCCGAAUCCGUGGAAUACGAAACAGGUUGAAGUUUAGAGUUGGAAUUAAGUGGAGAAAGGCAAGAGUUAGGCGCGGAAGGUUGUGCGUACGACGAGGACGGCGAUAUAGGAGGAUAAAAAUUACCAGAAGAGGAACUGUGCGCAUCCGGUACGGACGAAGAGGAAGACGACGGUGGAAAAGAAUUACCCGACGAAAGGGAAGGAGAAGAAGGCGACGAAGAAAUACUAGAGGGGUAUUGAGAAGGCGGAGGCGGAGACGAAAAAGGCGUAGACGCAGGCAAAGACGACGGAGGAGAAGCAGACGGCGUCGGCUACGCAGAAGAAGAAGGCGAAGGAGACGAAUGAGGAGAGUGAAACGAAGGAGACGUCGCUGCGUGAUGCGUUACCAAUAUCGCCGCGUUUGGAGAAGAGUCUAUCGCAGACGUGGUGGUUUUAGGAUCAAAAUAGGAAGGAAAUUGAAGCGAUUCAGGUAGUCAUAAAAAUGACUUUCUUUUCCUCCUUAAUGUUUUUUGUAACUUACAGGUACAUUACGAUCCAAAGAAAAUCCGAAAUUACCGCCUUGUGCCGAAAUUACGUGCGGUUGUAAGAGACACUUUUACCGUGAUAAAUGACCCUUUGACCAUGGGCAGGUCUUUCUCAGGAUAAAUUUACAAUGGAAUAUAUUCAUGGAUACGUCAAAAAGAACAAAGAAACCGCCCAUGACAUUUAACGUGGUAAAUAGCGAGGGUGUUUCGAUACUCAUGGCAAGGAAACCAAUCAGGAUUGUUCACUGGACACCAACAUGAAACUGCAACUAUCUAUUGUUUGAUUUAGGGGGUUUCUUGCGGCUUUUCCCGGAAAGAUCAAUUUUGACAAGAACGAUUUUCACGUUAAGUGAAAUGGAAAUGGAAAUUUGAGGCCUAGAUGUAAAGAACGUUGUAUACCUUCAGGAAUAAAAUAGCAAAUGAAAUAUUCCUCAAAUCAUACCUGAAUUUCCAACAUAACAUGAAAUCCUGCCAUGAUCGACGGCGGUUAUUACCGCAGUAACUCGAAUGAAGCCGUAAGAGCGGCUAAUUUACCUCGAAAAUUACUUUAUGUAUUACUACGGUAAACAAAAUUCACGUUAAAUUUACCGCGGCUUUUCUACUGUAGGAAAUUCCUUCUACCUUGGCCGGUGUGUGUAACCGAACUAUUUUGCUGGAUUCUUCGGUCUGAAUUUUGGAAAGUAACAAACAGAAGAAUCCAUUUCGGUAGAUUCUUUUUCUUGCAAGAGGAACUUUGCUUGUUUGUUUGUUUGUCUAUUUUUCCUUUGUAUUUAAGAUUAAAUUGUGGAUUUAAACUUUUAGUAUCUACUCUGCUAGAGAUAUGGUUUGGAAUAGAUUGCUGGCACGUUGCCAGCAGAGAAUCUCAGUGCAAGACAAAGCUUUUUUAAAAGCUCUAUUAGUCUAAAAUUAAAAUUUGGUUCCAGAUUGUACAUAUAUAGGUACGGGAUUAACUGCUUUUCCGCACGUCUACUUCCUGUAUAAGUAACAUCGCUUUCAUCAUUACAACUUGACUAAGAGGGAAUCUAGUCAGGUAAUGGCGGAACGUUUUAUCACAGAAAUAAAUUAGAAUUCAUUUUGACUUCUCUUUGAAAAGAAGCUUAAUGCCUUGAAUUAGCGUGGUGCAUUAAACAUUGAACUGUGUUUUGUGUUUUCACCGCAGUGCUUUAAGAGGUCUAUUUUUAUACUAAGCAGGAGGGUUAAACAAAGGAAAAGGGUGUGGAAAAACAACAGUUACAGCCUGUGUAAUUUUCUAAUCCAAGCAAUUUUACGUGUUUUUAGCUUGCGUAGAGGACGGGUUAAGAUUGGUCGUGGGCGCUAUAGACCAGCUGGCAGACGCCUGAAAGUGAGAGUUGGCUUAAGGUUUAGACGACCAAAGCUGUAUCGUGGAAAAUGGAGAAUCAAAUACAGACGAAAGUUGAGGCUACUUAGAAUCUCACGGAGGGGUAUACGUUUGCGAUAUAAGCGAUCUUGGAAGAGGGUGAUAAGACGGCGUAGAUAUGGUAGAAGAAACAGAAGGCGUAAGUUGAGGAGAAGAAGAAGGAGAAGACGAAGAAGGAGAUUGAGAAGACGAAAAAGGCGCAAGAUUAGGCGACGGCAACGUAGGCGGAGGAGACUAAGAAGAAAGGCACGUCGCAGGAGGCGAAGACGAAGAGGUCGUGGUCGGUGCGUGCUGCGUGUCCGUUAUGGUAGGCGGUGGAGAAAGGUGUAUCGAAGGAGAAGACGCCUGGUAUUCCGUUUACGGGGAAAGAACGUACGGUUAAGGUACGUUUACUUUGGGUGAAAGACAAGCCGCGCUUAUCUGAAUGCGGUUGAAUUUCCCCCUUCAAAAACUCCAGGGAGAAUGAGUAUAAACUUUGAGUGCAGAGAUUUCUGUUUACAUGAUUGGUCGAUUGUGCUGAGUGCAACCAUUAUUCAUCAUAAGUAGCACUUGUCCAACUAAAUGAUCCCAGAAAUCAUAGCGCCAACGUCUCGUACCCAUUCCUCAUAUAGUCUCCGGAAUGAGCAAUUCUGCUUAGAGGUCUAUAUGAAUGAAAUCUUCUUUUGUUUUGGAAGAAAGUUGUAGUUGUAAGAGUAAAACAGGACCUUUUUAUUCGUGCGAAUUAUAUGUUAUAUUGGAGUAGAUGUUGACAAAUCGUUUAGGUCUAGGCUUUCCACACACCUUGAAAGUGCUUGAACUUUUAAAAAAAAUUCGCCUUGAAAGUCCUUGAAAAUUGCAGUCGGUGCUGGAAAGUCGUUGAAUUACAAUGCUAACUUUGUAGUUUAAGGAGAACUGCAAAGGAAAAGGAGCAAACGCAGAAAGACUUUUGGGAUAAAAGUGCUCCUGUUUUUGCACUGAAUAGAGUCCUUGAAAAAUGGGAAAUGUGUCCUUUAAAAGUCCCUGAAUUUUUUGUUCAAAAACGAUAUAUGAAACCUGUUGCUCUCAAGGUUUAUACAAAUUACCUUUGUAUGAGCAAGUGAUAUCUGUUAAUGGUACUGAUUUUUGUAAUACUUUCUAAUUGCAUAAACAGAGUCUAUUCUAACUAAACGAGAAACCAUAAAUAAGGCCGACUUUAAGCUGGUUUAUACUAGCGACAAAGUCGGAAUUGCAGUCGUAUUCUCGGUGCUUAAUGAUGCAGUGAAAGAGAAUUCUGAUUACGCUUACGACUCCAGGUCAAAAGUAGACUGACGUAGCUCAUUGCAAGCAAAAGCGAAAGUACCAGACCAAUCAAGACGUGGGAAAACGGUCAUUGUGAUUGGCUGAUAUUCGUCCUCUUCUGCUUGCAACUCCGACAAUCUGGUUUUCAUUAGGGAAUUUAAGAUCCAACGACACGAUGGCAACGAGAACGUCAAAAUAACAAUAGGUUUUAUAAGCAAAACAACAACUUUGCACGUGCAUCACGCUUUUUUUGUAACAUUUCUCUGCCGCUUUUGCACGACUACAUACGACGCGUAAAUGCUCAAUUUCGCGUUUUAUGGGUAACGUAAAUAAGCAACAGCGAAAUCUUAGUUCUCUUUUCAAACUUAGAUAUGUUCCAUAGGAAUUCAACUCCAGUUUGGUUCACCUACAUUUGACAAAGUAAGUGGGUAGGAAAAAGCGCGAUAAAGACUAAAACAGCGCAAAUUGACUUUUUAAGCGACGUUCCCGUUGUCGUUGCGUCGUUGGAUGUUAAAGUGCCUUUUAAAUAGUAACCGACGCCAUCGUAAACAAUGACACGUUAUGAUUCUUGCUCCUCCGAUUCCGUCGAUUACUAUGACUCCGAGUAAUAAUUUUCACUGUUUCAUAGGCGUUCUCACGACCCCUACUCUACCUCCGUUUGUAGUAAAAAGAAGCCUUAAAAAAAAUACCCUCCUUGUUGGGAGCCAUUGAGAAUGACUGAAGCAACACCGGGGAUCAUUUCUGGGUUAGAACCUUCCCUAUCAGGAAGGUUGUAACUUUUGAGUUUGUGGACAAAAUUCUAUCGUGUGACCAUUCAAAUAAAACCUCUUCGACAGACCUAUCACCAGGAACUAUUUGUUUUUCAAUAUUUUACAAAGUGAAAUUUAAAAGUUGUUUUGAGUUGUGACUUUGGCUAAUUAGGAAGGAAUUGAACCCACGACCUUCCGUACACUAGUCGGAUGCUCCAACCACUGAGCUGCUGAUAACUCAGUGGUGGGCAGGGCAAUUGUGGGCUGACAUGACUACCGCAUCGCGCAGUCACAUUAUGUUAAGUGGUUUUCCUUUUAAAAUAUUACUUACGGUUAUAAGGUGAUUUCCACUUUACUUACAUUGUUUUUCCCAUAUAGAUACACAAGAAGACGACUCUUUAUUAGGAAACCAGGGCGUCGAUGGGCUCGAUUGACUGGAGUAAGAAGGCGACUUCGUGUACUAGUAGGCCGUCGUUGGUGUGGGGUAAAGGUGUAUAGAAGAAAGCUGUACUAUGUCAGAAAAGGCCGCAGAAGACGACCCAUUAAAAUAGGGCGAAGAGGAGUGCGGGUAUACAAAAGAAGGAGGUGGAAAUCUCUUGUGUACAGAAGGCGAAGGCGAUCGCGAAAGUAUAGGAGACGUUUAAGACGAGUACUUAGAAGACGAAGGAGAAGAAGAAUCCGUAGGCGGAGGCGACGAAAGAGGAGGAGAGUGAGAAGAAGACGACGACGAAGGCUAAGGAGGAGGCGGCGAAUGCGACGUACAAGAAGACGACGACGACGUAGAAGACGGCGUGGAGUUUGCGUGUUACGGUUCCGGUAUCACCGUGUGUGGAGAAAGGUUUACAGAACGCGUCGUGGACUUAAAAUGAAAUUUAAGGGCCGAUGGCGUAGAUUUAGGUUUGCACCUUUUUUUUAUUUAAAAUAGGAAUAAAACUCCUGUAUAUAGGAAAACUUUGCGUGGCGACGUAGAAAUAUGUCAUUUUGUCGAUGGAUAUCCCCGUUCUUUUUAACAUCGCUUAGUUUUUUCCUUUACCUAGCCUUCAGAAAAGGCGUUAUUUUUCGUGUUUUUUAGGUGAGCAAAGAGGACCAGAUAUGCACGACAGGGGAAGGCGCAGAAAAAAAGAAUUUUAGUCUUUGUUCUCCUUCCUUCAUCGCGCGUGUCUGGCACUCCUGGCGUGCUUCGCGCUUUCUUUCACUUGCCUGAAAACGUAAAAAAACAACGCCUGUGUUGCAGGCUACAUUUUGCAGGAACACUCCUCUCUCGGGAGGCCUUAGUUGUUAUGACUGAGCGACAGGUUUUAUGAUGCCUUUGUUUCUGUCCAGGUACUUCCGUCGAGGAGUGAGAAUUGGACGAAAAUACGUGCGCAAAAUAACAAGAAGGAUUCGAAUCCGUGUCAAGGGAAGAAUAUAUAGAUACGUCAAACGUGUGGGCAAAAGCCUGCGUGUAAGAUACAGAGGUGUCAACCGAAGGCUUAUAAUAGGAAGGAGAAGAAUCAGAUGGCGCAUUGGAGGCCGCUGGAGGAAAAUCAGUUAUGGAGGAAGACGUAGAAGAAGGAGGCGACUAAGGAAGAGAAUCAGACGAAAGAGAAGAAGAUACAAAAGGAAGUUAAGAAGACGUCGACGAAGACGACGACGAAGACGCCGGCGACAGAGAAGACGCCGUAGAAGGAGACGUCGUUGCGUUUUACGUUUCCGAUUCCGACGAAAGUGGCGACCAGUGUUCAGGAGACGUAAGAGACUCGUGUUCAGUUAUAGGAGGAAACUAAAGACUCUGAGGUAUUAAAGGAUUACUGCUCACUUUUGGACCCUACCUUUCAAAAAUUAAACAAUAGUGCAUCAAAGAAAGACAACGAAUGCUUUUCCUGGUGUAAGAGCCAAAUUUGAAAUUAUAAAUACGUCCACCAUUCAAUGAUAAUGAGUUUUUCUUCGCUUUUUAGUUCCAAAAUGAGUUUUUUGGCUUUGAGGUUGGAAUGUUUUAGAAAAUUGAACACGAGUAUUACAAUUAACUCCCCAGCGGGGUACUCACGGUAUCUUGCAUAAAUUGGAACAAAUUUGCACCAAAUUUAUGUCGUGAGCGAAUUUUCUUCGACUUAUUUGCAACAGGUUACGUCCGCGGAGUCAUUGGGGAAAAGGAGGCUGUUUAGAAGUCAUUUUUGACUAGCAGCAAAUCCCAUCUCUUCUCGCGAUGGAACGCGAUGAUAGAGAGAUUAAGAUUCAUUUUUACCGCAAACGGCAAGCGUCAGACUCAAGUUGAGAAUUUCUCAGAGCAGAAAAUAAGCAGAUAAAAACAGUCCCGAACGAUUCCUAUGGUUAAAACUGGAAUGUGUAGAAGCAAUAAAGAGUAAAAUAAAGUAAAAUAAGGGGGAAACUUAAUCACGUGGUACAAAUUCACGUCUGCCGUUUCGUGCAAACGUGACUCUUAAUCUCUCUAACAGAGAGUUUAAACUUCACGUAUACGGCAAACGGCAAACGGCAAACGGCAAACGUCAGAUUCAAGUUGAGAAUUUCUCAAAUAGAAAAUGAGCAGAUUAAAACAGCUCAAAACAAUUCUUAUCGACAAAAGAAUUGCGUGAAACUACUAAUUUAUGUAUAGAUAUAAUGAACAGCAAGGGGCAAGUAAAGGGGAACUUGGUGAAGCGGUACAAAUUUGCGUUUGCUGUUUGAUGUAAACGUGAUGCUUAACUUAUCUAACAUCUGCCGUGUAAACGGGGCUGAAGGAAGGAUAUACGCCUUAUAACAAACACGGCAGAGACAAAAACUAACUUUUCGUGUCGUAUAGGUUUCCGUUAGGUUCUUUUAGGUGUCGGAACUAGUAAAAACAAGAAACAAGCGCCCUUGUUUUGAUGGAUUUGAGGUCGCUUUUCCUGCGUAUUAGUAAAUAAUGCAAUAUACCAUCGUUUUAGAAUGCACUAUGCCUAAUAGACGUUAGAAUCUUUUGCUCAAUGGAGGUCACUUAUUAAAACAUCAAUACCCGUAUUUACGUUUUUAUGCUUUCAUUGUAUUUCAAUUUGCCAUUUUUUAGAUACCGCUUUGGCGUUCUCCGUGUCCGAUGGGGUGGAAGGUGGAUACAAUACCGUAAACCAACAUACCGUAUCCGCAUUCGCGUUGGACGUCGUUGGAGAAGAGUCAUAAAACGUGGUAGAAAAUGGUUAUUAAAAUACCGUCGUCGCUUCCGAAAAGUCCGACUCUACAAAGGACGGGUGAAUGUCAAACUAAGGUUAAGAUGGAAACGAAUCAGACGAAGAAUAAGUAGAAGGGUCAUAGUAAGGCGACGAAGAAGGAGGAGAAGGCAAAGAAAGCGAAGAAGACGAAGGAGACGAUUACGAAGGUAUAAGAGGAGAAAACGUCGAUUGAGGCGCAGGAAAAGACGGCAACUUCGAAGAUGUGUGAUACGAAUUCGCCGAGGACGCAGAUGGUAUCCUGUCUUCAGAAGGCGAAGAGGACUAAGGAUACGUUUUGGAAAAACGGUGCGACGUAUCAGGUAACGUAUUAAUAAUACCGAUUAAUUAAUCUUUUACGUCUUCGAUGCGCGCCAGAGGUAAAAAGGGAGCUUUUUGAAACGACGGUGACCGGCAAAGAUAAGCCAUAGCAACAAUAAGGAGCUAAAGCACAGGGCGCUUUCAGUUGAGCAAGGCACGUCAACCGAGAUUGAAGCCUUUUCUCUUUUAAUAUGCCUUGAAGCUACCAAAUUUGUAUAGCGUAGUUUCUUUCCUCUUCAAGAGAAGAUUUGUGCAAAAACGUGGGCAAAACCAUCACCCAGUAGUUCAAAAUGUCCCCUUUCUGGUUGACAAGCGUCGCUCAAAAACGUCUUUGCUCUUUGGUUCCCAUUGUAUAGCACCUCUGCAGGUCCGUCACACUUAUUGGUCCAUUUUUGGCGUCCUUUGCACAACUAAGGCGUGAAGUCUUAUGAACAUCGUGAACACGCAACGAGGUUUCCCCUCUCGUAAUGAACUUGGGUAUGCUCCCUAAGAGUUUCCUCCGUAAAAUCGCCUUCAUUUGAAAGAUCAGGCUAGAUAAAGUAUCGUGAUCAGUGUUAAAGGAACGCGAAUUCCAUAUUUUAGUGACUUUUAUACUAUGGAUGUCGUCAUAAACUCUCAAUGGUAUUAACUCACCACUCUUCAAAAAAUUCUUAGUUUGUUACUGAGUGAAGAGGGCACAAUUCUGCAAGGUGCUUGGUUAAUCAUUUUCCCUACGUCUUUUUUUUCAGAAUCACCAGAGGUACAAUCCGAAUCCAGUACGGAGUUCGCUGGAUUACCAGAAGUUAUCGAAUCAACGUUCGAGUUAAAAAUACAUGGCGAAAGGUUGGACGGUUCGGUCGACGGUUUGUGCUUCGUUACGGACGAAAAAGACGAUCCUUGAGCUUCUAUCGCGGUCGGCCCAGGUUCCGCGUAGGUAGAGUUGUAAAGGUUGUAAGAAGAAGACGAUAUGCAGGCAAAAGAGGAAGACGACGCCGAAGACGAUCUCGCCGAAAGAGGAGGAGAAGAAGGCGGAAGAGACGCCGGCGACGACAAAGAAGGAGAAAAAGAAGAAAGCGACGGCGAAGACGAAGAAGGAAACAAAGACGAGCGAUACGAAGAAGACGAAGACGAAGGCGCCGAAGAUGCGUUAUGCGGUUUAAGUUCCGUCGUCGGUGGAGGAAUCUUAUUCGCAGAGGACGGAAACUUGUUUUCCGCGGCAGAAGAGGAUCCGGACGAGUUAGGUUAGAGGAGUGUUUUGUUUUUUAUCGAUUGAUAGAUUGAUUGAUGAUUAAAUCAGGAAACCACAUUACAAAUACUAUGACCACUACCUUACAGUUACUAAGGCUAGCUCACACCACACCAGUCGAAUUUUCGACCAGUUGAAAAAUUGUGUGUUUAGUUGUUCCGUGUUCAAAUUAGAGCGAUUUUCGUAUAACCUUGAAAAAUAGUUUCGUUAAGCGUUCGUCAUUUGUUUUAUCAACCAGUAGAUGAAAAGGUCAAAACAUGGCCUCUUCGUUUUCCCGCCAAAGAAAACCCUAAUAUGGAGAAGGCAUUGUUCGAUUGGCCAAUCGUGGUGCAGUAUGACGUCAAAGCGAAGUUCCUGGGCAUAAAGGUUUUUUCACCCGAACGUUCGCCCAACCAACCAAAAACCGCGCGCGUUUGUAUCAGUUCGAUAAACCAAUCCAAUUGCUCUAUUUCGGUUCGUUUGUUGUUUCUGUUUUGUUCGCGAGUUUUCAUUUCAAGGUCAUACGAAAACCGCUCUCCGUGUGAACACACCGAAGUUGCCGAGUGAACGUAGCCUAAACUGCAUUGCGUAAAACGGCAGUCCGUCAUAACAUUAAGGACCGUAUUUACUCAAAUAAGCUCCGCCCCUUUAUGAGCGCUGCGGCCAUGAUAUAAUGAAUGGGCGAAUGAAGUUUAUUGUAUAUUCCCCUCGGGGCAUGUCAGUGAAAUUGUCCAACUCAAAUAAGUGCGGCCAUCAAAUAAGCGCCGCAUUUGAGAAGUGACAAUUUUACAAUUUUGAUUACAUGCGGUACCCCACAGUUAAAAGCUUAUAAUGAGGAACGGGAGAUCGUGUAAAUCGGUAAAUUGUGUUAAAGGGUUUAGGGUGCGUUCGAUUGACCGCAUUCUGAAAUAGUAAUACUCCUCAUAUUGACCUGCUUCUUCGUUUCCGGUAUAAAUUGAAUAUGUUCUGAACAUUCUGCUCAUAUCAGUCUAAUUUGAUAAAUGGUAUGCCGGAAUAAUCCAGGAUGUAUUCGUAUUACAUUUCGAUCGAUUACAACUAUGCAACGCGUUAGUUUGUACAGAAACUGUUGUGUUGCGUCGUUGGGGGAGUGAAAUACAAUAAUUUGGUUUUAUCAAAUGAAUUAAUAAAGUACACUAGCUAGCACUGGAAUAGAGUAGCUGACGUUUGGAAUGCUACCGCCUCACUAGAGUGAAUCAGAAGGUUGUGCGAGUGGGUGAUGUUUACAUAGCGGAUGUAGUAGUUGGUGGAACGUGAAAAAACAACAACAAACUAGUUGAAUGAAAGGCGUUCGCAGAUUCUGUUGGAGUUAACAGCGCGGCCUUGAAAGAUAAGGCUGUGCUCUAGAGUUUUGUGGCUCUCCAUGUUGCUUUGGUAAAGAGGGACACUGGAAAUUGCCAUGUUUUGGCUAGAAUGAUUGGCGCGAUUAAAGUGGCGAGCUUCUGCCACUACUAAUGUGUUACAAACAGUCCUCAGAACAUAUAUAACAUUCAACCUAUAAUUAAAUGACUUCUUUAUUUCUGUUUUUUUUCUUACAGAUUCUACGGGCGCAGAGUAGUAGUGACUUACAACAGAAGACGCCGUACUCUAAGACGAACAAGACGCCGAUUCCAGGUUCGGGUGUACAAGGUAUGGCGUACACUUAAACGAUAUGGAAAAACAUGGGGAUUGCGGUACAGGAGACGAACAAGGCGCGUUAUGAUUAGAAGAGGAUCUCUUAGAUACUUCCUCCGAAGGAGAUGGCGAAAGGUCAGGCGACGAAUAUCCAGAAGACGAAGAAUACGAUUAAGACGCAGGCGAAGAAGGAGAAGAAGAAGAAAACUGCGAAAAGUUCGAAGAAGACGGCGAAGACGAUAUCGGCGUGGAAGGACCAGGAUGAGACGAAGAAGGAUAAAGAGACGGCGAAGAAGACGAAGGCGACGAAGAAGAAGGCGACGACGUCGAAGAAGAAGGAGAAAGAGAGUUAGGCGCCGACGCUGUGGAAUACGUUUCCGUUACAGAAACAGAUGGCGUAGAGUGUACCGUAGAGGACGAGUUCUCCGAUUCCGAGCUGGUAAACGGACAUGGGGCCGUUUCUAGUAAGUUUUUAAACUAAAAGGUACCCCCUCCCCCCACGAAGCUUUUUCAGUUCCCCCCACCCCCGUUUUCCCGGUGUACAAUUUAACUCGCUCCCCACUGACCGCCGCACUGUACUACCUGAACGCCUGGAACAGGUUGUUGUUGUACCUCAGCAUGGGUACCAAAAGCCCCAACGGUUAUAAAGCAAGUUUCGAUAUUCUUUUCACAAAAUCAGUUGACAUGCCUACGGUACAGUCCUUUAAAGCACCCAAAAAGUUCUCUUCAAGCGCUUCCUUGCUACUAGAAAAGAGGUUCUGUGGGCUGGAAUAUAAUCUGCAUGUUAGAUAUCAAUAUCAGGUAUUGUUGCUAUAGUGAAGCGGUUUCAUAAUUAUUUUAACCAAGCAUUUUUUAACUGCAAAACGCAUAUCCAAGCGUCCUUUGUUGAUUCUUAAGAAUGUGCUAUGAACCGUUGUCUUGUGGGACAAAAAUCGCAUUGCGAAAAUCAUACCCUCUACAAGGUCGUAGUCUUUUCCUAAGCGCAUCGCAUGCGGCAAAGGGGUGUGGUGUUAAUCGCUCGCUAUUAUUCUAUUUGACUUUAUUAGACAUUCUGUUAAGGCUAUUAACUUCAUGGUAAAGGUAUGAUCGUUUAAGAAAGAAUUUAAGACGGAAUCCACCAGGAAAUUGAGUAAGUCUAAUUUUCAGUGGACAAAAACCUUGUACCAGAACAAUUUAAAGAAUAUUGCAUUCUUUUUUACAUUUUUCAAGGGCUAAAGAUGCAAUUAGUUAUCUGUAACAACACCAAAGAAAACUUCUUAUGGGAGCCCGAGCAAGUGAAUGUCAAGUUUUGCAAGAAUUGUGAAUACACAGGUCAAAUGUUGAAAAUUUCAUGUCCAAGAUGUCCUUUUGUGAAGUUUGACGUUUAUUUUCUCGGGCUUUCAUGAGAAAUUUUCUUUGGUGUUAUUACAGAAAAAUACACGAGAACAACCAAAGCCGGGUGCUUAAAUGGCCUAAGGUCAGCAAAAAAAAACGUGAAGAAUUUACAAUACUAUUAAAUCAAAGAAAGAAAAAGACAGUCAGAAAACUUAAAACUAAAAUACAUUACUUAACAACUAAUUUACAAUACUUAAACAACUAAUUAUUAUGACUACUAAAUUUACAAACACUCGAUAAUACUUCCUAUAAACCAUACAAACCUAGUAUAGUCCCACAAGGCCUAUAACCCUUGAAAUAUGUAUAAAAGAAUGCAAUAUUGUUUAAAUUAUUCUGGCACAAGGUUUUUGUCCACUGAAAAUUAAAAUUACUCAAUUUCCUGGUGGAUUCCGUCUUUUAAACUACUACAUGAGAAAUUUCUACAACUUGAUUGGCUUAGAGCUGUGGUAUUUCAGCUUAAUUUGAAAUACCCGCAUGUGAAAAUUACAAACCUUUUGCGGGUAGUAGUAUAAACGAAUAAUAGCAUGAUUUGUACGUGAUAUUUGACAUAAAUACCACUCGUGAUAUUUUAAAUUACGUCUACAAUUUUAAAUAUCACUCGUGGCAUUUAUGCCAAAUGUCAAUACAAAUCAGGCUAUUACCUAUACAAACUCUUACAAACGAGUAUGCCCAGUCCCAGUACCUUUUCCUGUAGAAGUAUAGCACCUUUGAGUCAGGUGUGACUCAAAGAAGUCAUAUCUUCGCUUCAAAGCAGUCGUAUAUGCGGAUGAGGGGUUGUCCAAGUAAGUAUAUGUUCGAUUCUCCAGAUUCUCCUGACAAUUUUCAUUGUUCAUUUUAGCUUGGGUAGACGCAGGGUACGUGUCAGAGUAGGGGGACGAGUCAGAACCGUUCGUAACACAAAGAGGCAGGUUAGCGUCAAAGUCCUAGGUCGCUGGAGAAAGCUCAGACCCCGCUACGGAAAACUUACUAUCCGCUACCAAAAGCGAAACCGACCGCUGCGCCUCAUAGGCGGAAGAAUAAGGUGGCUUUGGAGAAAACGCUGGAGAAGACUACCCGGACGCCGCCGACGCGGAAAGCGACUUAACCGACGGCGAAGGAGAAGAAGGCUACGAAGAAGGUAUAAGAGACUCAGAAGAAGGAGACGACGGCGACGAAGAAGGAGGCAGAGGCGCCGUAAGAAGAGAAGAAGGCGACGAAGAAGGCAAAGGAGAAGACGUAGACGAAGAAGGCGAAGACGACGAAGAAGGAGACGCCGUCGAUGUGUAAUGCGAUUCCGUUACCGUCGUAGAUGGAGGAAAGUGUAUCGCAUCAGGCGCAGACUCGUCAUCCGGGGGAGAAAGCGGUUUAUAAGAAUCAGGUGAGAAAAUACUUAAAACGAUUGUCUUUUUUUACAGUUAUUUGUUUAGGGAUCAGUUUUGCUCCCUGGGUGCCAUAAACCCUGUGUGAGGAAGGCUGUUAUCUUAGAAGGCAUUUAUUAAGCAUACUGUACCUGUGAGAGUUGCAUCUGUCUACACUUGGUUUACGUAAUCUCAGCCAACAGCAUCAACGUAUACGUACAUUUUGAAUUCAAAUUAUCUGGAGAAUGCAUGGUGUGAGUUAAUUCAUAUUACUGAAGCUUCAAAGCCGAAGCGCUGACCGUCGAAAACGAGUGAAAAUUCCCAAAAAUGAAUAAUUUUCUUCACUAAUUGUCUUCUAGACAAGUAAACGUAUCCUUCGCCAAUAAUUGGUAAUUGUUGGAUUCGGCUUUCGUAUGAUUUGAAGACAGAUUAUUGAGAUAAAACCUGGGCAAGGCUCCUGCUUAGCUAGCCUCGCUAGUCUUUUUAUGCAUACAGCACUCUUAAGAGCCAAACAAGGAAAAUGCAAAGAUCACACAAUUUGGUAGCCCUUCGAAAAUAUUUCUCCGUAUUCUGUGGUUACUCAAACGUACACAGAUCAAAUUCCAUUUAAAUGGAAGGGUGGAUGUACAAAAACAAAAACGUAGAAAUGCGGGCCAGUAAAAUUUCUGUCUUUCCUUUUGUCGUUUGUCGUUGGCAUUUUACAUUUCUUUUGUUUUCUUAACAGUUGCGGUAGAAGAGGAAUAAGGAUUUUCGGAAGAAGAAGACGAAUUAUUCGCCGUCCUAGAAUAAAGGUUAAAGUUGGUCGUAUGUGGAGAAACGUGCGUAAAUAUCGUGGUAGGCUAACUAUAAUUUUCAAGCGAAGACGAACUCGGCUGGUUAUCCGACGUGGUCGAUUCUAUCGAAAAUCUGGCCGAAGGAUAAGAAGAUUGAGAACUCGAAGUCGACGCUAUAGGCGAGGACGAUUACGGCGAAAACGAAGGAGGCAGCGACGAAGACGCCGACGAAGGCGCCGACGAAAACGAAGAAGAAGGAUAACAAGGAGAAGGAGGAGACGAAGAAGAAGAAGGCGCGUGAUACGGCGCAGACGCAGAAACCGAAGGCGUCGCUGUGUGAUGCGUGUUCGAUACAGACGACGCUGGAGAUGGGUGUACCGUAGAGGAAACAGCUUUGUCUUCAAAUACAAGCGAAAACGACGAUACGUUAGGUAGAUACACCUUCCGGGAGGCGGGGGGGGGGGGGGGGGGGGGGGGGGGGGGGGGGGGUUACUCCCAUAACUUUUGGAUAGGUCUUUGCCGCCAACCCUAGCCCUGUUUAAGGCCCAAAACCUAAAAAUAUGACCCAAUACAAGGGAAAAACGAAUAGUAAGAAUUGAAUGGGUACACGCAAAUCUUUCUUAAAUCGCUUUCCUUAUACACUAAGGUAAAUUCCAGUUUUAAUAGAUGACUUUUUCUCCUGUAGCUGGGCAUUUGCGCACUUGAAUUUUAGCUGAUAUAUAUAACGGCACCCUAUCUAAGGAUCAAAUCGGGAACACAGUGCUAACAAGGGGGAAAAUAAUUCUAUUUAAGGUGAAGACUCUCAAAAACCAUACCCUAUCGGGCGUAUAUCAAGCAUAACAAAACGAAGGUGGUUUGUAUCAAAGCAAGGGUAAGCUCAGCCUCACAUUCACUCGCAGACUAGGGUACUAAGCCCAUAACUGUAAAAUGAUCUAUUUCAAGUCAGUUGCAGUGUUUGCUGGAGAAAGAAAAACUAGUUGUAGUAAAAAUUAAUCGUUUGAAAAAUGCAGGUUUUCAGAGUAGUAGUAACCAAAGAUGUGACGGUGCUUUUUUUUUUUUCACUUUUGCAAUCAAUAGAUACAGAAGAGGCAGACUGUCAAUCAAGGGAUUAAGGAAGUGGUUCCCUAUACGAAAACCGCAAAGGAACGUUCGAGUGUACGUGAAGAGAAGAUGGUGUCGAUUAAGAUUGUUCAAGAAACGUAUCUACCUGCGCGUCAAAGGUAAAAACCGGAGAUUGUCGUUCAGAGGGGGAAGAUUGCGUUAUCGUUUGAAGCGACAAUGGAGGAGAAUUAUUAGACGAAAGCGGCGACGAUAUAGAGGUCGACGAGGAAAAUUAAGAAAGAGGCGAAGACAGAGACGGCGAAGAAAGACGAGGCGAAGGCGGCGUUUGAGGCGUAUUAUGCGAAGACGAAGACGACGUCGUCGUCGAUGCGUUAUGCGAAUCAGGUGGAGGCGGCGUUGGAGAUCACUGUACCGAAAAGGAAAAUACCUUCGAUUCCGAUACAAGCGAAGAAAUGUCAAACUGAGGUAUUGAUAUUUGUGUGUGCUAUUCACUGUCCAGCAUGAUUAUCAAAUACAGCAUAGGCAAAGGUGGCAUAAUUAUCAAGUACAAUGAAACCUAAGCGAUCACCCAAAAUGCGAGGAUUUAGUGGUCGCCUUCAAGGUUCAAUCCACAGAGGGCCUCUUGCGAAUAGGGGCUCGGACACAUCUACGUUUUUUAAAAGAAUUAUUGCAUACAAUUUACGAUAUGUGAAGUUCCAUGUCGUCCUUAAAAGUUUUCCGGAUAUUCCAAAUUGCGUGUUAUAAACAGCGAACAUAAAGAUCAUACGGUGUUUUUUAGUAGUGGUUGUGGUCGCUUACAAGAGGUGGUCUUUUAUGAGAGGUUAAAAUAAUAGGGAUUUGACUGGUAAGAUUUUACUGAUAGAGGUUCUACUGUACUUGCAAGCACUAAAAGAUUUUAGAGGCAAAAUUACCUUUGCAGUAGCCAUGAUUCAGAUAAUGCAAUGCUAGCAAACUUUUAGCAGGAGCCCAUGGGUCUCUCUCCAUACCCAUAAAAUUCAGGAGGUCCUGUCUUGUCAUUUCCGGGCUCUCACCCCCUGUCCCCCUCCCCACAUCCUAAUGCAGCUGUACUCUCUUUUAACAGAUUUAUCCGCGGAAAAUUCAGAGUUGGUAGCCGAGUCUUGAGAGGUGCAAGAGUCCGCGUCUUAUAUGCUAAGACGUGGCGCCGAGUAAGUUUCCGCAGACGACAAACAUUCGUCCGUGUUGGCCGAAAGUUUAGAAGAAUAAUACUGCGCUACGGAAGAAUUAAAGUCAGACGUUAUGGUCGGUGGAGGACAGUGAGAAGGAGAUAUGGGCGAAGAAGGAGAAGGGUAAAACGAAUCAGAAGACGGCACAGAAGACGAAGACGCCGAAGGAAAAGGAGAAGAAGACAAAGGCGAAGAAGACGAAGACGACGGCGGCGCAGAAAACGGAGAAGGAUCAUAAGGCGUCGUACGCGAAGGCGCAGACGAAGAACAAGGACCAGACAGCGGCUAAGACGAGGAAGGCGAUAUAGAAGGCGAAGAAGAAGACGACGAUUGAGAAGAAAACGGAGAGUAAUCCGACGAAGAAGAAGAAGGAGAAGAAGGAGACUCCGAAGGCAGAGACGGUACCGACGCAAGAUUAGGCGCAUACGUCGUCGACAACGGCGCAGUCGCAUACGCUUCCGUUUUAGAGGCCGCUGGUGUAGAGUGAUAUCACGCCGCCGCAAAUAUCUUUUCUUGUACAAGAGAAAGGCACGACGAAUAAGGUACUAAUUGACCGUUUGAGCUUUCACUUAGCCUACACUUAGAUCAAUAAUGGGUCAAUUAGAUGGAAAACGUCCUUCAAAGAAGAAGUUAGGUACCACUCGGCAAAGUAGCGCUCACUAGUUUUUGUCGCAAGAUAUCCACACACCAGUUUUCCAGGGCUUUAUAUACACACUUUCGUUUUAAUCACAUACGAUUGAGUUUAACCACCUACAGUGUAUCAAAGCGUGACAUGUUCUUUAAGUUGCAGUGGGUGGGAUACGCAAUCAUAUGUAAGAAAAAUCUGCGCAGAAAUAAAUCGAAUUGUGUUUUUCAAUAUAAGUUAAUGUUUAAGUUAGAAUAACUCUGUAGUAUUCAUAAAAUGGACGCCGGUUUGAAAGAAGUCAUGCAAGAAAAGCGUGCGUUAUGCGCCAUGAACCCACAUAACAAUCUUUCAGCUUUUUUACCAAUUUUUUUUUCGAUAAUCUGGCCGGAAAACCUGACGGAAGUGGAUAAUUGUAUAGAAAUUUAUAAGAAUCAGCCAUAAAACGUCUGUCGCACUAAAGUAUAGGAUUGUCAUGUUUUAUAUCAUUCUUGGUACUGAAAGACGCGAAGGUAAAGGCAAGGUAUGAAUUAUCUUACUGCGGACUUUUCGCGUAGGACUGGGACCUUAAAAUCAGACAAUGUUAACAGAAAUAGCUGUAUAAUUAUAUUAAGCUUUUAAAAAAGUGGAAUUAAAUUUACCCAUUGCAUAUGUACCCAUCACCUAGAUUUCUGGGAUCAAGUUUGCUCGACUCUUUGCUCUUCUUUAUCUACAUAAGGAAGUAGAUAAAACAGUUAUUGUCUCUUUGUACCUGCAGAUUCCGCAAAGGUAGAGUGUAUAUGAGGAGGAGGAGAACUUGGCGAAAGGUGCCUCGUGGAAUUAGGCGGUUAAAGAUCAGGGUGAAUAAAUCAUGGCGAACGAUAGGUGGUAGGCGAUGGAGGAUACGGUUUAGAGGAAGACGUUGUCGGCUCAGAUUACGACGCGGAAGAGUUUACCUCAAAUGGGGGAAACGAAGAUGGAAGCAAUUGAGAAGACGUUCACGCCGGGGACGAAGAUACAGACGCAGAGGUGUUAGACGUCUUCGUAGAAAGCGGAGGAGACGAAGGAUCAUACGAAGGCGAAGAUACAAACGCAAACAGCGAAGACGGCGACGACGAAGAAGAAGGCGUAGACGACGACGAAGGCGAAGGAGGAGACGGCGACGAAGAAGACGACGACGCCGUUGCAGGAUACGUAUAUAUUACAAGAGGUGGCGUUAUGUGACAAGGAGGAGAAGGCGACUUGCAGUUCGCAUCAGGAGACGAUCUUACAGAGUCAGGUUGGGAAUAUAAUAUUUAAUGUAUUGAUUGUGUGUCGCUGUUCGUGUCCAUAACGCAAUUUGCAAUGGAUAUGGAUUGUCUCUCACUUUUGAUAGUGUAUUGUUUCUUUAACCUACUUGCAAAAGAACGCAACAUGUAACAUCCAACAAUGUUGGGAGUUGUUGGCCAACAAUGUUGCAUCCGUUUCCACAGGGAUUUAGGUUGCACUGAAAAAUGGGUGGAAAGUGCAUUACCAUUGUGCGUUACCUGUAUUGCGUAUAGCUCUUAAUUCAACGUAUAGGUCAGAUAAUUUACAAAUUUUGCUCUAAAAGCUGAUACAUAAAUAGCUUUAUGUCAAAUCUUAUCAUUAAAAAAAAAACAAGUUAAAAGAUGUUUGGAAUAGGCUCAGUGUCAAUUAUUCCUGAGUUGUUAUAUGUUAUUGGUAAGGUAUUUCCAACCGUCAUCCAAAAACAACACCAAGCAUACCAAGUGAGACUCUGUCUUUGAAAAUUUUUUUAACUGUACAAUCCGGAGUUAAAAAUACAAUAUUUUAGUUUGUACUAGGAAAUUAAUUGAUUUGCUUUUACACAUAUGUACUUGUUUUAGGGUCAUGCGACGUCGAAUAAUGCUGUAUCGUGGGCGACAGAGGAUUACCAUACGCCGGGUGCAAACUAAGUUACGUCGCAUGUGGCGAACAGUUCGUGUGACGCGUCGCGGGUAUCGUCUUCGUUACAAGGGCAAAAACAGGACCAUCAGGAUAUACAGGACUGGAAGCGUUAAGGUACGGUUUAGAGCAAGAUGGUUACGAUUUGGGCGCAAGAGGAUGUCCAGGCGAACUCGACGACGAAGACGAAGAAGGAGGCGCCUGCGAAGGCGAAAGAGAAGAAGGAGAAGACGACGAAGACGAAGAAGAAGAUCGAAAAGGAGACGAAGGAAAAAGAGAAUACGUAGGAGAAGGCGUAGACGGAGACGGCGAAGUAGGCGACGAAGGAGAAGACGAAGGCGCUACCUGCCCCGUAGAAAACGAAAAAGAAGAGGUCGCAGGAGACGCCGAUGUGUGAUGAAGUUCCGUUACAUGCUACGAUGGCGAAAGGUAUACCGCACUAGAAGAGGAGGUUUCAGGUUCCGUUAUGGAAGAAAGAAGAUUCGCUUAAGGUAAAUCUAGUACUACUCUCAAUUACCUUUGACAUGUGCGUCGUUGUAAAUAACACUUACAAAACGGACACGACUAAUUAUAACAAUUUACAAAUUAAUGAACGGUUAUACAUAAUGAUACAUUAAUGCAUCUGCAUUACAGGGCUGUUGGUAUUAUGGGGGUUGAGUGUGAUAGCUUUGGGUCGAAGGGCAGUGUCCCUAAUAGAGUGGUAUCCCUGUGUCGGCACGGAAAUCAGGGCGUCUAUUCACACGCAUGAACGGUGAUUUCGGUGCGAUUUCUGUAACAUAGCGAAACUGCGCCGCGCCGAUCUCUAAAGCGCACACGAAAGGCAAUCUGGUAUAGUGUGAAAAUAGCCUUCGGUGAGCUUGAACUGCACGUGACCCAAUACGCAAUUUCAAUGUUUUAAGUUGUCCUACUUUCAAUAUUCACCAGGAUUUACAGAAGGCGUGUCUUAGUCAGACGUAGAGGAAAAUGGAGAAGAGUGCAACAAAAGAACAGAAUUAAGCUCUACAUGAGGUACAAAUGGAGACGCACGCGAUAUACUCGAAGGGGACUGACUAUCCGUUACGGUCGACGUCGUUUGAGAGUGCGAAUACGCCGCCGAGUUUCCGUUCGCUACAGAAAUAAAUGGAAAACUCUCAGACGACGAAAAUCACGCUGGAGACGCAGAAGAGGGCGACGAGUAGGACGACGUUACCGGCGAAGAAGGCGAAUUUCGCGGAGGCGUCGUAGAAGACGAUACAGAAGAAUAAGACGGGCACGAAGAAGGCGUAAACGAGUUCGCAGACGAAGAAGGUACAGAAGGGUAAGGAGAAAAAGACGAAAGGUCAGAAGAAGACGGCGAAUAAGGAGAAGAAGGAGAAGACGACGACGAGGGAGAAGACGCAGAACACGAAGACGAAGGCGCCGAAUACGACGGCGACAGCGUUACAGUGUUAUGAAAAUCAAAUACAGAAGAGUAUGGAAGAGGGUGUUCCGAUGGCGUCGCAGAUUGUUCUUCCGGUUUAAUAAGAAGAUUCGGCGAAUAAGGUAUGGAGGAUGGCUAAUGUACGACCUUUGUAGGAUAAUCAAAUAAGCGCUUACAAGAACACCAACGGAGUAAAAAGAAAUUCACAAAGUUCUCUCAGUCAAUUUCUUACAGUUACAAAGCAACCCUCCCCUUAUCAUACUAUUUUUGAAGAGUUGGGGACGUUUUUACUUUGUACCCAUCUAUCGCGUGUCAAACGAAAGAAAUUUUUAAAGUACUUCGAAGGUUGUUACUCUCAGUGUUGACAUACACUAAUACGCUGUUAAUUUACUAAAAUUUUUAUAAGUUUACGAAAAAAGAUCAAAGUAUUUGAAGUCAAACUGGUGUUAUGGUCGGCGCCAUUUUUGCUGGCACAAGAUUACUCGGGCCCGAGGUGUUUUCGAAAAAUCAGAAAAUUGUGGACAUAAAUGUCGAGAAGUGGACUGAAAAAGUAACAGUAGUAAAAGUGACCUUCCUCGUACCAGGGCGCCUUUUGAGAUUUUCUGCGGUAGUCGAGGCGCAAGGAUCAUGGGAAAGCUUAAAAAACGCAAAGGCAUAAAGGAAGGCUACCCCUUAAGCAGCCACUACCGCAGAAAUCCCAUGAAGCGGCUGGGCACGAGGCAGAAAAGUAACAGUGUCUUCUUAUUCCUGCAGGUGUACAAGAGGCAGAGUUUAUGUACGACGUCGCAGAAGAUGGGUGUCAUUACGAAAACCCAACACGAGAAUUCUACUUCGAGUAGGUAACAGAUGGAGGAAAGUGGUUCGGUACAAGCGGGUAUUCCGUGUGCGUUAUGGCAGGAGAAAAUGUAGAAUAAGGAUAAGUCGAGGAAGAAUUAGAUUAAGAUAUAAGCGAAGUUGGAAGCGAGUUGUGAGGCGAAAGCGCGGAUAUCGCAGGAGAAGAAGAAGACGAAUUAGGCGAAGACGAAGGCGGCGACGCAGGAGAGCACGAAGAGUACGCAGGCGAAGAAAACGACGGCGACGAAGAAUAAGAAGGAGGAUGACAAGACGGAAGCGAAGACGAAGGCGAAAAUUGCGGCGAAUCAAAAGACGCAGAAGAUAUCGACGACGAAGAAGGACAAGCAGGCGACGAUUGCGGCGCCGUAGAAUAACUCGAUAUCGGUUAAGAUUCAAAUACAGAGGAAAAUACAGGAGAGUUUUCAGACGAAAAGGAUACCUAAAUAUCCGCUUCAGGAGGAGAGUCAGAAGAAUAAGGUAAGUGUGGUUGUCCUGCAGUUUCCUAUCAGAUUCUAAGACGAGUAGGACGACGAGGACGAGAUUUCCUAAAUACUAAGUAGUGCGCGCGCGUGAACCGGGGUCAUUUUGGCGGGAAAACUCGGUAGCCGUCGUCAUUCUACUACGAGUUUUAGCGCGAAUGUCGUGGUAGCAAAAACAAGAUAUCAAAUGCUAGAAGUUUUAUCAUUUUGUGAUCGAGAGAAGGUUUAAACUCCGUCAACAUACAUAACAGUGCUAUCUUUUGUAAUGAAAAAAGUACAAUCAAGCUUUCGGUGUCUGUUUUUGGAGAAUACGCGAAAAAACUUUAAGUUAAAUCUCAUACUCGUAGUCGUUCUCGUCCUCGAACCUAAAGGUCUCUAUUUUUCUAAGGGAUGUAAAGUCAAAUGAGUGUUUUCGGGCAUUAUUUGGUGCACCUUAGCUGUAGAAUUGAAAGGCGAAACGACUGCUGCUUCUGUAAAUAUCACACAUUGCCGUUCUAAACUAGGACGGCUAAAAUGCACGAAUUUCCACAUUAGUCGGUUUCUUCGGUUCUAUCAAAUCCUACGAAUGAAUGAUGAUGAACGAGAAGUUUUUAGCUUCGUACUGCUCCACGCUACGCCAUGUGCAGUAAGAAGAGAAGCCAGCAAGCCCAACUCAGUGCUGGUAAAUUAUCAAUGCAGUAAGUAAUUUCUAUCACAAACUGAGCGCUCUUAGUUUGUGAUAUACUUGAAAGAUAUAAUAUCAAGUUUACGGCAAUUUAAGUGGACGAUUUCUAAAUAUAGGAAAUAAACAGAUAAAAACUGUGCAACUUAUUCUCAUUGAUGAAACUGGUGUGAAAACUACUAAUUGUUUUGUAGAUAUAUUACAUUAUGUAAACAGUAAGCGAUAGGUAAAGAGAGACGCGGUCAUGUAGCACUAACCAUGCGGGUUUCUAAGGAGAGAAUGGUUGUGGCUUUUCAAGGAGGAAAAAUACUGUCAAAGAGAGAGCCUGCAUCUUUGCCGGAUUUGUCAGCAAUUUAAUGUAUUCAGGGACAAUAACAAUCUGCAAUAUAAAUAGGAAAGAUUUUUAAAUAUAGCUACACCAUUCUCCGCCUUAAUGUACGGGCUGCUUUUGCUAGAUUUAGUUGGAAUACUGAAACGAUUGCUGUGGCUUAUGUUAUGGUAUUAGGCUUUGUUCACAUUAUACCGUAUCUUGUGACGGAACGGAAACCAGACCUGUUUGGGCCUCUGUUCACACACAAAAUCGGUGAUUUCGGCGCGAUUUCUGUAACGGAGAGCAGCGGCGCCGCGCCUCUCGGCCAACCGCACGUAGUUCGAUGUAUGUAAACGGCUUGUUUCAGUUCUGGGCCAUUGCUGCUCGUACUACAGUCAACUCUCUCUAAGGCGGACACCUUUGGGACCGGCACUAAGUGUCCGUCUUAGAGAAGUGUCCGUCUUAUAGAGAGUCAAAUAAAAGGAGUACAGUCAACUCUCUCUAAGACGGACGCCUUUGGGACCGGUACUAAGUGUCCGUCUUAGAGAGGUGUCCGUCUCAUAGAGAGUCAAAUAAAAGGAGUACAGUCAACUCUCUCUAAGACGGACACCUCUGGGCCCGGCACUAAGUGUCCGUCUUAGAGAGGUGUUCGUCUUAUAGAGAGUCAAAUAAAAGGAGUAAAGAAAGGGAGGGACUAACUCUAAGUGUCCGUUUUACAGAGGUGUCUUUUAAGAGAGAGUCGGCUGUAUACCUGAUACAGGUAAAAUGUGAACAACGCCUUCAAGUGUGAGUGAUGCUGCUUAUAUAAUGUAUUUGUUGAUUUAAAGAUGUCGUCGUGGUCGCUGGAGUAUCAGACGCAAGCGAAGAUGGUUCGGGUUGAAGACACGUCGAGUCCGUCUGCGAGUCAGGUUCGGACGCAAGGGAGUCUGGAGGCGUGUUGUCUACAGGAGGCGAAAAUUAGUGGUACGAUACAAGCGGGGUUACAGAAAGGUGUCCAUCCGCCGAGGGCAAUUUAGGCUGCGGUACAGAAGGCGAACGCGUCGAAGAAGGAGAAGACGAAGAAGACGGUUUGGAUUGAGAAGGAGAGGAAGAAGACGACGACGUAGAUAUGGAGUAAGACGAAGGAGGAGAAGAAGAUUAAACCGAAAACGAAGACGUUUGCAACGAAGAAGACGACGGCUGCGUUACAGGCGAAGAAAGCGACGCCGUAAACUAAGGCGAAAAAGGAGAAGAAACAGAAGACGGCGACGAAGAAGAAGGAGGAGGAGAAGGAGGAGGAGAAGGAGAAGGCGACGAACUCGAAGACUGAGAAGAAGACUGCGUCGAAGCGUUUUGCGUGUCUAUUACUUAAGAAGGUGGAGGCUUGUUACAAGACGGCGCAAUAGGUUAACAAUUCGAAUCAGACGAAAACCUCGUAUAAUAAGGUAAAGUAAGCAAUAGUUAAGGCCUGUUUGUUUGAAAGAGGAACUUGCCAUCUUUUAGUUUAAAGGUAAAGUAAAAGGUAGGGGUACAAACAAGUUAAAGGCCCAAACGCACCGGAGCUUAUCCCUUCUUCUUUAGCAUGAAGAGUGCCUAGGAAUAUUGCUACUCCCCCUUGAACAGCAGGCGCGGAUCUAGGAUAAAUACUGACCAAGUUCCUAAACAAGGGGCCGAGGGAGCAAACUUCUAGGGGAGCCCGGGGUCAUGCAGCCCUGGGAAGUUUUUUGGAUUCUAACUCCCUAAAGUUCUCUUUCCCGGGUUUCUGAUUCAUUGAGGGGGCAUCUAAUGCCCGGAAAUUGGAAAAGAAAACGUUUGUCCAGACCAUUUUCCAGAUUUCAACUUGAAAAGUUCUAUUAAUUAUUAAAAAUAUGUUUGUUAUGAAAAAUCUAACCGAUUUCCGUAAAACGAUGGAAACCGGUGUGGAUCCUCGCCUGGACAGGAUGAUGGCCAUCGCAGGGUUACCGCCCAGCAGUAUGUCACCGGUACUCAUUUACACACCUGGAUGAAUUGAGACAAAGUGGAGUAAAGUUCUUUGUCUAGGGCGAUGCUUGGACCCCGGAAUUUUAGACCGCACGGCCACACACGCCUCCACGGGGUUUAAUGAAAGACGGUCAUCUGUCGUUUGAUUUGAAUAAAAAACAACUGUUUACUUUUAUUUCUGCCCCUAAGGUCAGCGCCUCCCAAGAAUAGAAAGACGAUAAUUGUUGACCGAACUGAAGCACACAGAGUUUCUGUGUUUAUUUAUAACAUCUCAGAAUACAAGGUUGACUCUAAUCCAAGACAUGAGAGGCUGCAGCUUUAAGCAAAUUAUUUUUCUUUUGUGGCUGUAUGGCUAAUUUGUCGAAAAGUACUUUCGUUAGUUAAAUGUGGGGGAGGUUAUCACGGUUAAAGAUACAACUUAUGCAGAAGCGAAAAGAGAGCCUGAUAAAAUUCAGGCUUCCCGGCAGGGUCGAACCAUGACCUCUGAGGUACCGGUGUGAGCGCUCUAACCAAUUGAGCGAGCAAGCCAAAUAGGAGCUACCUAGUUCGCAAUAUACCCAGGAAAAAUGAAGAUGAAAUAAUGAAUAUGUGGAUUACAUAUAUUUCUUUUCGAAGCUGCAUAAAUUGAGCCUUUCACUGCGAUAUCGUUAUACAUAUUUCUUCAUCCCGCAGUUCCAAAAAAAAUGACAAUUCAUAGUCAUUUUUCAGUACUUACUUUCUUAACAAGACCCGUAGAAAAAGCUGUUUGCCAUCUUUUGUUUUACAUUCUUAGGUGUUCGUUUGGAAGAAUUAGGAUAAAGCGAGGACGAAGAUGGACAACUCUUCGAGGACCGAACAGACGUCUUCGGGUAAGAUAUGGAAGCAAAUGGCGAAGAGUGACUGUAACAGGAAGACGAUUCCGCCUUCGGUAUGGCCGCAGAACACUCUUGUUACGCUUUAGAAAGGGAAUGGUGAGAAUAUACAGAAAUCGACGUUGGUACCAAGUGCGACGCCGACGACGAAAGGUUUCAUGGCGCAGAAGACGGCGACGAAGACGAAGGAGGAUGCGACGCCAAAAGAGGAGGCAAAAGCGACGGAAAAGACAGCGACGGAGAAGACAAAGAAGACGACGAAGAAGAAGGUACAGAAGGCUGAAGAGACGUAGGAGAAAGCGAAGACGUAGAAGACGCUUUAGAAGACGAAGAAUUGGCAGGCGGCGGAAACGCCCAAGCUCGCUUUGGUUGAAUUACAGGAGGAAAUGGAGGAGAACGUAUCGAAUAGGACGUCAAUUGGUCAUGCGAUACCGAAAAAGGAUCAGAGUAAUAAGGUACUGUAUCGAUCACUUUUACGUUAUUUUUAACCUAUUUACACCUAUCUUAGAAUUCAGUCUUUGAGAAUACCGGGACACUAGCGUCGCAGUGUUACGGUUUACCGUGUUUUAAGUGUGCUUUAUUCAUAAGCUCUCACUGAUACUGGAGUCUCUCCCAAAUUUUGCUGGGUUAUUAGUCGUUUUUUAAUCAUUAACAUGUUGCUCAACAUGGCAGCGUACAGAGCUUUUUCGAUUCUUUCUUUUGCAUUGAGAGUUUUGUUAUAGCCAACCUUUUGAAAGCCGUAGAAAGUUUUGAGUAGUUUUGUUGUGUUUUGUUUUUUACAAGACUGCUUUGUAAACCCAUGUAACUAAGGCUUCUGUUCAAAGCCAACAAUGAGUGAAUGAUGCGUUUUAACUCGCUUCUGUUUAUAUUGCAGGUGUCGCCGUGGAGUUUUCAGAAUGCAUUACAAACGAAAAUGGUACAAGAUGCGCGGAACUCGAAUUCAAGUACUUUACCGCGGUACUCGGAAAACAGUGAGAAGAUACGGGAAAAGGCUGAUUUUUGUUGUUAGAGGCACGAGGAAACAGCUUAGAAUCCGCGGCGGUCGCGUUAGACUUCUUAUUCUCGCACAUUACACAUCGUUGCGAAAGAAACCAAAGAGAAGACCUGCUAGGAGACGAAGACGAAGACGAAGAAGACGUUAUGGCAGAAGAGGUCGACGUAGGAGAAGACGCUGGCGAACACGUUUGCGUCGCCGUCGACGUAGGCGUAGACGUCGUUACAGACGCCGACGUAGGCGAGCCGUCCUUCGCUUCAGAUUCGGCGGACGUUGGAGGUCGAUCAUCCGAUGGCGCGGUGGAUAUCGAAUGCGUUACAAAAAACGAUGGAUAAAGUUCCGGUAAGUUGCAUAUCGUGAAAUUAAGAAGUUUAAUUUUCAAAAGCAAUUUUUUUAAUGAAACUAAAUUUAUUUUUGAAAGAUCUCUUUGCGGCUAUUUGCUUUUCUGUAAAAGCACGAGAUGCAAAACUGAUACUGUAAUAAGCGUUUUCCUGAAAAAGCCAGUUAUGAAACUCAAAGUUGUUAGGGACACAAUAGUUCAUACAGCAACAGCGUAUCCGUUUCACUAGCAAAAACGAAACUAAACCUCAGGUCACUUCCUUCUGGCAGCCAGCGCCGCGAUCCUUGUUCUGGGUGCCCGAUGGGGACCACGAUUUGAGUACGUGCCAUGAUUGGCCCAUUAAAAAGCCAUUGUUGAUUUGCCAGUCAUAAUGAAAUUCGAAACGCACUUCCGGUGAUUCGUUGAAUCCGUUGGGGGCUCAGAACAAGGACCUCUGCGUCACUUUGCAGACGUUACUUGCCGGGGUUUGAAUACUUCUGCGACGCAGGCUAAGUAGCAAGAAGCGCUGGGGACUGGAGUAAUAUUCCCUUGGGAAAUGAUGCUAGUAUAUCGCAGGGUUAUCCGGAGUAGUAAGUCAACCGGCAGUACACAUUUAUAUAGCUGACAGCGCAAUCGACCAGGUAAAUUGUCAUCCAGAAGAUAAGUGCAAGGCAAGUAAUAAGGUGACGGCCCACUAAAACAUUUUUGGGGGGAGGUAAAGGACAUUAAAGAGGACAUGUAAGAGAAAAUACUACAUAUUAUUAUACUUUGAUAAACUCAUUAUCUGUCUUCUCAUUGGCUAAGAGCCUAAAGCCAAUUUUGGAAAUCAGCGCAAUUUACAGAUUAGUUAGUUAUCUGCUAGUAGAUAAUUGACUAAUCUGUAGGUUGUGCACGCAAUGCAUGACUCCCAAUAACAAUAUCAAUUCAGGUUCCUUGCGAUGGUGUGCUUAUCGUUAUUUUCUUCAAAACAAUGUCUAAUAAAGCAAUUAUUAGAUUCGGUUUUUGCGAUCCUCUAAUAAUCAAGGUCUCGGUAAGUGUUAUCAGCCGAGCCCAACCCUGAUUAUUCCGGAUUCCACAAAAACCUCAUUCAAUAGUUGUUUAGUAUUCGCACACGACAUUUUGACGAAAAAAGUCAUGCAAGAGAAAUGUUAACAGAAAAAAAUUCAUUAGCAUCGAAAAUUCCCAAUCAUUGAAAACCUGAGGCGUGGGUGGACAGAGAUGUGUAUGGAGAAAAUCAAUUGGUGGCAAGGCUUGAGCUGAAAUUAAUUCAUGGGUCGAACCCAAAUUAGAUAUGUCGGACUUAAUUGAUUCAAACGUCGAUCUUCUCCUGUACUUAAUUGAAGGGAUUAGGUUCGGUACGUAAAACGUUCGUCGUUUGAACUGGGGCUAGUCUAGUUUUCGGAGGAUUUGGUCAUUUCCAGUGAUUCUAGGUGAAAAAUACAUUUAUUGAAUGUGUGUUACACGAUUAUACUUCUUCAAGCAACCGUUGAUCUGAUUCAAGGUUUUUUAAUUAUUUCAAACAGAUAUCGAAGAGGCAGAAACAUCAGGAUAACGUACAAUGGGAAGCGGCGCAUAAUACGGCGAAUCACAAGGCGUUUCAAAGUUCGCAUAGGUUACAAACGCUGGACGUUCAUCAGAAGACGUCGCGGCAGGCUUGUGGUGCGUUGCAGAGGACGUUACAGACGUUUUAGGAUAGGAAGACGAAUCAGGGUACGAUACCGUAAAGGCUGGAGAAUUGUCUGGAGAAAACCGCGAGGGCGACGAGGCCGACGAAGAUGGAGACGAAGAAGGCGUCGCAGACGAAGGCGGCGAAUUAGACGGCGACGUCGAAGAUACCGAAGACGCGUGCGUAGGCGAAGACGACUAAAUAUUCUUCGAUUUAAGUAUGGUAGAAAAUGGAUCUCCGUUUACCGACGAGGAAGAUAUCUAAGAUGUCGAAUCAAGCGAAGAUGGAGACGAAUAAGGUAUGUCAGUAAAGAUACCGUAAAAUUCCGAAAAUAAGCCCCUCGAAAUAUAAGCCCCCCAAACUCGUUACGCAAAAACCCUCCGUUCAAUUGCCCCUCCAAAUAUAAGAACCCCGGGGGGCUUAUAAUUGGAAAUUGCCCUCAAAUACAAAGUAAAACAAAGAAAAACGGCAAAUUUUCUUCCAACAAUAAGGCAAGCCCAAUCUCUUGUGAAACGCAAAUUUCCUUCCGUACAUAAACCCUUCCGAAUAUAAGCCCCUCAUAAAGGGCCUUUGAAAAAUAUAAGCCUCGGGGCUUAUUUUCGAAAUUUUACGGUAGUGCUAAAUGAUUUAAACGGCUUUUAGCGGUUUCUAGAAAGCCAACUAAGCGCAUUUAUGACUAAUUAUAGUUUCUAGAUACUUGCAAAACUAUCUUCAUCAUCCAGACUUGAUUCCACUCAAACCGUAAGCUAGGUGUAACAUUCUAAUACUAAUAAUAAAGUAGCCAUUAUAAAACUAAGAGUGCAACCAUUGCUUUUUUUUUCUUCUCCUCCUUUCCUUCUCCUCGCUCUUUCUUUUUCUCCUUUUCUUUUCCUUCGUUACUGUGGAGCUUCUCAGGCUUCUUAAUUUUUAUGACGGAGCUAAUGGAUUGUUGAUUACCAGAAAAGUAAAUGAACUUUUUAUUCAUUCACAAUUAUAUUAUUAACUGAUUACAAAAUUUUAUACAUGUAUAGUUUAGUACAGUAUGUUCUUAUUACACUUAAAUUUACAACUCAAAGUUACACUUCUUUUGUUAAAUUGUUUAUCAUAAUUUACCUCUAACUCACAUAUAUGAACCUCCUUGAUCUUGCUUGGCUAAACUGGUUCUUGUAUGUUUGGGUAUUAAGGUGGCAAAUUUGUGCGAGGAGGCUCUUAAUCCAGUUUCUUAUUACCAGGAGUGACGGAGAUAUGUCGUCUGCUCCUUUCUCCCAUUUGAGCCGCCCUUUUCCUUUGAAACGCUGGGGCAGGAUAUUUCUGUCUCAACAUUUCGAAGAAAUUAAAAUCAUUCCAUAUUUCUAAAGUUGUGAUUUUCAGUUGUCAAAGUCCGCGUAAUACUUUGAAACACUCACAAAGCGGUUACGUCUAUUGUGCUCAGCUACUCAACUGUGUCUCAACGCAUUCUUUUAGGUACACACGAGGCAAGAUUGGCAUCCGGUUUGGAAGGCGCUACCGGUGGUUGAGGAGACGGCCUGUCCAAUUCCGAUUUGGACGGCGCUUUAGAACCAUGCGUUACUAUCGUGGUAAGCCCCGUAUCCGGUUUAGGAAGAAGAGGAGACAGUUCCGAUUCAUAGGCGGAAGACUCAGAAUUUUCUACCGAAAAACGUGGGUGAGACCAAAGUCCCGAAGGACGGCCCGCAGGAGACGACGAAGACGAACACGCAGAAGAUUACGUCGAAGAAAGAGGCGUAGACGACGACGGCGUCGCCGAAGACGACGAGGAGGACGUCGCAGACGCGGUUGCGUCAUGCGCGUGUACUUCAGGAGACGCUAUAGAAAUAUCUAUAGACGAAGAAGGCGACUCUUCCUUCGCUUCAAACGUGGUUAUAGACUAGUCAGGUAAAAAAAUAUACCCUCUUGUAAUUCUGGUGUAAUAAGAGUUCAGGAAAGUAGGACGAAAAUAUUCUUAUGCUCAGGGUAGCUUCUCACGAUACGGAUUGUCACUUUGUUAUAGGCCAAUUUUUGCUGACGUCAUGGUGUACAUUUUUCGGCUCAUUAGCAUUCGAGUUAGCCCAGAAGGCGUCACCGUCUGCACAAAUUAAAUCCAAAAGUUGAAAGAGUUGGUUAAUUUGAACAAUUUGUGUAAUUUUCAGCUCAUUGCAGGCAAUAGCAAAGGAAAUAGCAGCGAUCGAAAACUGAGAAAUUUUUGGGGUGGCAAAAACGUCAAUGAGACAUACAUUUUUGGAAAGUGUUAAGUUUUUCAAAGAUAAUUUUUUCCGCACAUCUUGCUCAAAUUUUCACAGGUAACUGAAAUUGUUCUUCUCUUUUGAUAUUCAGAGAUUUUAUUUUGAUAGCUUGAUCAGACAAUGAAAUGCAUUUGCUAGUGAAGGAAAAAACGUAAUCAACGAUUCGCCUAUUGAUCGCGACGCUUUAGCUGUUAACUGCUGGUUUCAUUAAGUGAUGCGGACUUUAUACUUCUGGGCCGAGUUGAUCGAAAAGUGGAUAACGCUAUCCAUCGUAUAAAUCUCUAUCCAGUGGAUAACGCAAUUGAUUUCCCUAAUACUUAUCCGCUGGAUAGUGAUUUAUCCGGUAAAUAGCGCUAACCAACGUUUGAACGACCGGAGCCUGGCCUCAGUUGUUCAAUAGGUGGAUAGCGCCAUCCACCGGAUAAAUCUCUAUCCGGUGGAUAAGUAUCACGGGAAACGAUUGCGUUAUUCGCUGGAUAGUGAUUUAUCAGCUGGAUAGCGCUAUCCAACUUUUGAGUAACUGGGGCCAGAUAAAUCACUAUCCAGUGAAUAAAUAUUAGGGAAACCAAUUGCGCUAUCCAGUGGGUAGAGAUUUAUCCGGUGGAUAACGCUAUCCUCCUUUUUGAACAACUGGGACCUGGCCCUGGUUGUUCAAAAGAUGGAAAGCGCUAUCCAUCGGAUAAGUAUUAGGAAAACCAAUUGCGUUAUCCACUGGAUAAAGAUUUAUCCAGUGGAUAACGCUAUCCACCUUCUGAACAACUGGGACCUGUACUUUACUCUCUGAUGGUCAGUUGACAGUAUUUUGUAAACUAUUGUGCGCGUGCAUUUUUUGGCAUGGUACAGCAUGUUGCCUACAACAUCAAGAAUAAUAUCAAGAAGAUAUACCCAAGAUAUACAAUCUUGGAAAUUGCUUAUAAAGACAUAUUGACAUUCCAGUCCAAGCAGUAUGUAGGAUGUUUGUUACAUGAACCUAGUUUAGUGGCCUUUGCUCCCAUAAGUCUCCUGUACCUUAGUGGUAGAGCAUCUGGACAAGUAACCAGAAGGUCUUUAGGUUUCUGGGAAACUGCUCACCUACCCGUUCCCUAUGCCAACAUUUUGCUCUAAACGAGAAGUAAGUGUUAAUGUUGGCUUAGGGGAGGGGCUGGUGCGCAGUUUACCAGAAACCUAAACUCAUCCGUUUCGACUCCUCUUGGGAGUUCUCGGAUUGUUUCUUCUGAGUCGCUUGUGUCACCAACUAAAAACGCUGAUGCUUAAUGCGUGUCUUUUUGUGUGUGUUGGACUUGCAGAUAUCGCUCUGGUAGGGUAUUGUUCUAUUACAGACGAAAAUGGAAUCGGGUUAUCCGUCUGCCCCAAGUCUUAGUCUUCAGACGAUGGCGAACUACAAGGAGAUACAAGGGCCGUACUAGCGUUCGUCUCGGCAACAGAUACCGUCGAAUUAGGUUAAGGCGCGGACGGUUCCUCUUCCGUCGAAAUCGGAAGUGGAGGCGUCUUUCAUACAGACCAAGGAGAGGACGCCGCCUACGACAAAGUCGGCGCCGUCGGCAUAGACGCAAGCUUCGCCGCUACAGGCGAAAGCUGCGAAGGAUUAGACGGCUCCAACGGCGAAAACGACGACGUCAAAGACGAACAAGGCGUUACAGGAGACGUACAAGCCCGCUUAAAGUUUAUUACGGCAAGAAGACUAGGGUAAUCUACCGGUGGAAGAGAAGGUUAACUUUACGCCUGGGAGGUCGGCGACGAAUAAUCAGGUAAUAAAAAAACUGAGGUUUGGUUUUGUUGGUUAUCUCGAAAAAGUUUUAAAGCGGCAUAAAACGCGAACGCAACAUGUUAAACUGCAACUUCCAACACCCGCGAUCGUAUUGUUGGUAGCUGUCAAGGCCCUCAAGUUGCAGAAUUUUUCUAUCGUUGAAGUGUAGCCCAAAAAAUUUUGUUCCCGGGCAUUUACAUUGGGCAUUAUGUCCAAGGUUUUCAAGUUUCCUUUGCAAGUGAUGUGUGUCCCAUUUUAUUUUAGAAUGCGUUGCCACAUCCGUAAUGCCAAAUAGUUAGACUAGUUUGAGCACUACCAAAAACGCUUCCCAACAGCUAUCACACAAUUUUUACCCCGUGAUUGAUCGAUCCGUCAUAAAUCUACAUGAAGUGACGUACUUUAAUAUUCUGCCUCUUAACGCUGUUGUCAUCUGUCUCCUUGUCCGUUGCAAUAUACUGACUCUCCGAAAAAUAACUGGAUCAAUUUAGGUUUCUAGGAAACUGCCCACCUACCCUUCUUCUAAGCCAACUUGAACACUUACUUCUCACUUAGGGUAAAUGUUGACUCAGGGAGGGGUAGAUGGGCAGUAUCCCAGAAACUUAAAUGUGCGUUGGAUUGAUUGUAUUUCAGAAUAAGAAUACGCAAAAGUUUUGAAGACCAAUCUCUUCUAGCGUGACUGAUUUUUGGACCACUUGAACGCUACAUUUAUUGGAAUAUUUUAUUUCAAGCAGAUUCCUAGAUUUUGCAAUACAAUGAAUGCCAAAACAUUAAGUGAUUUCCAGAGUUUCUUCCAUUUAUCUUACUCUGGAAUACAGUCAAUCGAACAUGCUGUAAGUAAUAUCUUCAAUUAAUAUCUGAUAUCUUCAAUUUUCUAAUUUCGUCGCUUGUUUUUCUCUUUUUUCCGCUUCUCACGAUAGGUUUAAAUAUGGCAAAUUAUACUACCGCUUCAGAAGAGCCUGGCGACGCAUUGCCAACAAGAAAUAUCGCCUCUACACCCGUGUAGGACGAAAAUGGAGAAGAAUCAUAAGACGUGGUAGAAGAUCCGUUAUUCGCGUCGGUAGAAGAUACAACGUUAUCCGUAUAACUCGCACAACCGUGUCUUAUCGUAAAGGCAAGCGAUGGGUACGUGUAAGACGGCGAAAGGUCAGACGUACUAGAAGGCGCCGACGAAGACGGUUCAGAAGACGAAGGAGGUACAGUGUAAUGCGGGUAUAUGUUACCAGACGGUGGAGGACAGUUUACAAGAGUCGUGGAACGUUCUAUUUCCGCUAUGGACGCAGACGUUGCAGCUUGAGGUACAAUUAAUAUUCUUGAGACAACGACAGAUUUAAAUUUUUGCUUUGGUUUCCUUCUUUUUGUAUCAGAUGAUUACUUAGUUAAUGGCCUCUGUAACCUUAAAAGAACUUUGACAAAGCCGUGUUCAACAGAGAAAAAAAUAAGAACACUGAUGCCCUUUUAGCUUUACUUCUUCGAAUUCCUCACUUUUGUUUGUCUUAGUCAUUAUAAUGUCAUGUUUUUCCUCACUAUGACAAAAUUGACAAACGACUAACGUUUGCAAGUAAGUCACUUUGACGUCAUUAGUGCCCUGUGCCAUUUCGAUAAAUUUGGAAACACGGCUCUUUUAAGAUUUUGUCCAAACAUUAACCACGAGCUGCUUUUUUCUAAAACAGAAUCCGAAGAGGAGUAAUCCGUUAUCGCCUUAGACGAAGGUGGUUCAGAGUUCCAUCAAGAUGGCUUAAAGUUCGGGUAAAGAGACGGUAUCGCCGAGUCAGACGAGUAGGUAGAACCCUGAGGUUCCGCUACCGUAGAAAGCUAACAAGACUUCGCUUCAGCUACGGCAGACUUCGAUUCCUUUACCGAGGGAAGUGGAGACGUCCUUCUACGCGCCGUGGCCGUCGUAUUAGGAGAAGGCGAAAACGCAGGAGGCGAAGGCGGUACUGGAGACGGUUCGGACGACGAAGACGCCGCCGUCGCCGCCGAUAUCGGCGACGAAACGGCAGCCUGACUAUCAAAUUCCGUAACAGGUUCAGACGAGUGUACAGGCGAAGAAGACGGUUCUGGUUCCGCGUCAAGGGCAGGAAGUAUAGAUUGAGGUGAGGCUAUAGGACAAUAACGAAAAAAAAACUUGUCAUAAGCACUAAACGUUCAUCUUGUCCUGCGCGCAGUAAACUAAAUAGUAAACCAGAAAACCUCAAAGCAAAUUCCACAAGUUUCCUGAUUUGGGCAGUCGCUCAAUUAUCAACCGCCGUGAACGUUGUAGUCGACAACCUGUGCUCUUUUUAAGAUUUUAGGCCUUGCAGAGGGUAGAGGUUAUUAAAAAAACUUACAAACUCUGAAAAAAUGAGGACACUUUUCCUUCUUUCUGAAAUCGAGGCAAGAUUUGAAUAAAUCGGCCAUUUUUAAGAGGAGUGUCAGACUAGGUCGGAGUUGUGUGGAAUUGUAUUAUGGGACAUUCCAGUUUAGGGAGAGAAGACACCUUUAAAUUCUGCGACAAGGGCGACUACGAGAAUUAGAUUUUCUUAAUACUACUAAGUAGUGCGCGUCAUUUUGGCUGGAAAACUCGAUGCCAUUGUCAUUCUACGACGGAUUUUAGCUAAAACUGUGGUCCUCGUCCUCGAGUCUAAUGAUCUCUGUUUUCGCUUUUUAAAUUGGCUAUGACGAAGUUGCGCGGGAAACUGGGACCCACUUUGUUACCCAAAACUGAUCCAUAUUCGGCAAAAAACCGUCCCAGUCUCAAACGUCAUUUUCUGUGCUGUGGGAAAGGAAGGGGAUUGUGGGCAGGUCGGCCUCAAAAGAGACAAGGGUAUGGUAAUAAUUUGAAGCUCUAGUGGUGAGAGCAGUCGGCAUGUUUUCGCAACUGAAUCGUAGUCAACAGUUACCAGCACCGCACAAGCGACUUAUUGACGGAAUCAAGCAAAGCUAACUACGAGUGAACGACUGGACAACUGACAAUUUCACACACAAUAAACGACUGUUUAACUAUGACAAUAGACGGAUCGAAACGCACCAAUGACAUCACGAGUCUUCAUAGCCAAUAACAUCACGGCUUAACUGACAGACGACCAAUAACAUCGCGACUUAAUUGACAGACGAUCAAUAACAUCGCGACUUAAUUGACCAAUCAGGUUAAUAACCAGAGUUUAAUACCAUCAACUGACGUGAUACAACUCUGUUUGACUCUGAAGAUGACUACCGCACAGGUUGUCAAAACGUCAGUCACCGUCAAGAACAACAGUCCUAUUCAGGACUACGUUCACCCGGACAAUCAUACUCAACCUACUUACAAAAUUUAGUGUCCCUUUUGUAGAAGUAGCUGCUGUUUGACAGUGGCCGUUAGCGGAGGCUGGGCUGUGUGAUAAGAUUCUAACCCGUCGAAACUUGAACCACUGUCAUUUCUGUUGUUUUGUGUGCCGCAAGAAGGUGAUGAAGAUUGGGGGUGGGCAGGGCUUAAAGGAGAAUGUGCUAUGGAAGUAAUUUAGAGCGCUAGUUGGGAGAGCCCUUAUAUAAAAGGGCGAUUACGAUAGUUUAUUUUAAAUGAAAAGUUACACGAGGGUUAUCGUGUGUUUCAUUCUAUUAUGCGGCUUUCCCACACUCUGCCAACCUUAAAGCCACGUCUUACUUAUGUAUUUUUCUUAUUUCUCAGAAUCCGAGGAGGAAGAACGUAUGUACGUUAUCGAAAGGGACGUUGGCGACGACUAAGGCGUUUGGUCCGUCGUAUGAAGAUUAUCAUCCGCGGACGAGCACGCUGGAUCUACCCGAAAAAAGGACGACUCGUGGUAAAUUACAGACGCAAAGGUAGAGUACUCCGCUUCCUAAAAGGACGACCGAGGCUUUACUACCGAAAGAAAUGGAUCAAGUUCGGCCGAAGAAAGACCCAGGUGAAGUUGCGACUAAGGCUGGGAGGAAGAUGGCAUUAUGUCAUAAGAAAGCGCGGUAGAUGGACCAUCCGAUAUAUGCGCAAGAUACGAAGGGUCAUACUGCGAGGUAGACGAUUUGGAGUCCGCUUCAGAGGUCGCUGGAGAUAUGUGCCUUCCAGAGGUGGUACCUUGCAGAUACGUUACGGAAAGAUUUGGCGGCGCGUAAGAAACUGCUGUAACAAGCUGCGGGCUGUGUUACGCGGACGACUCCGAAGAAUCCGGCUCCGUCGAGGACGAGCGAAGAUGCGAGGAAGAUAUGGCUGGCGCAAAAUUCGAAGGAAAACAUCCAGGUUCCGCUUAAUACGCAUCAGAGGUCAGUUUUAGUAUUAAUUAUUAUUCACGAAGGAUGGAGUGAUUCCUUACUUAAUUUACAAAUUGUUGAGGGUGCGUGUGUGACUCUAGGACUGUUUCCAUGAUAACCUUCUUACAGGAAAAAAGCCUGGUCAAAUAGUGUUUUCGCAACAAUGCUUCCCAGUUGAGCCAGAUUCUAACAGUUUCAUUUAAGUCGCGCAUGAGCUUUCAGUUUGAAAUUGUGCGAAAAUCUUUCAGUUUAGCAAUUCACAAGUUCUUUGGCUAAAACAAAGAUAGAAUUAUUUCCAUUUGUUAUUAUUUCGUACGUGUCAAUGUUUCGUUUGAGAUUUCUUGGACUUCUGGGUGUUACACGUUUUUAAUGAGGUUACAGAUUAGGACGUAAUGACCCUUAACUAAAUUUACCUAAGACAAGCAAAUAUCCUCCCCACGCUUCGCUUGUGAACAUUUCUUACGUUUUCUCUGUUUGUACAUGGGUAUUCUUUUCAACUCUCAGGCCCGUUUCAAACGUCGUGCUACUGCCGUGCCGAACUAAAUUGAUCGAAUUUUGCCGUGCUACACGGCAGUAGCUCGACUUCGUUUCAAACGUCGCGCUACUGCCCUGCCGAGCUCAAUUCAUAAAUUAUAAAUACAUUGGAAUAUCUUUUAACGGUUCACUAAACUGCUUUUUAUUUUUUAUUUGUUUUCCGCAACAGCUAUUUUAUUCGACUGAGUUAAAUUCGACAUCCGAAACCAAGUCGUGAUACAGUCAUGUUAGAGUCGUGCUGAAGUCGAGCCAGCUUAGAAAGGCAGUAGAAAGACCUUUGAAACAGGCCUCGAUAGCCUUGGAAAUCUUCGCGAAUUUACAACUUCAAAACGAGGCGUGGUGGUGAACUUUGCUUCUCUGACGUAAUCAUGCAUAAGAGCUAUUAUCAUCUUAUUUAUUUAUGGUUAUCUACAUUUUUGGCUUUUUGAUUGUUUAGACCAACCAGUUGUACAGAACGCCCACCAGGGAACAGAUGAGAAGAACGUGCCACUUUCAGCAGACCCCGGUUCCUUCACAAUUUCUGAACAACCGGACGAGAACACGCCAACCACCGUCGAUCCCAACUCCCAAACGUCUGAAAACCAGGCGGACAAGAACGAGGAAGCUUCUAUUGAUCCCAGUUCUUUCACGGACACCUCAGGUACACCUCAAGUGUUCGAUUCUCCGCCAACAGCCGCUGACCAGGAAGCAUCACCGCCAGCGUCGAUAUCCAAUGAGAUGAGUAAGGAGACUGGGGCGACGGUGAAUGUUAACGACUAUCUGUGAACACGUGACCGGAAGAUGAAAAUACGGAAUACCACUGGAGAACAGCUUUAAUUUUACUAACCCACUAACGUAUAUUAUUUAAUCUUUUUUUUUUUUGCGGCAGAAGGCGAUGGGAGGGGACAAAAGUAUACAGGCUAUUAAACGUUUAGUGUUAUUAAGUCCGACUACUUGUUGAUAGUGUUGAUAUGGUUGGCCUUACAUGUUUUAACUGCCGAUAUUUAACGUAACCUACUAACAAUGCUAACUUCAUUUAACUUUUGUAAGCUGUUCUCUUGCAUAACCAUUAAAAGCAUGACACAAAAAAAUGUUCGUGAUUUCCGG